GAUGACAUCACGAGCCGCCCGGACCAACCAGUCGGUUGAAUCACCUCUGAACCGUCUGGAUUGUCGUGUGUGGCUUUUUCUCCGCUUUCUGUAACGUUUGCCUGAUGAACUUGUGGACCCAACUUACCGGAAAAAUUCCGAACGUGACAAGGUAAGAAAACUGUCGUUUGAACAAAACUUAAAUGAGGACGGCUGGAGAAAAGCAGCAUACACAGCUGCACCGGGCCGUCCUGGUGGUGACCUCCGUACCGGUGUAGCCGGCCAAUGCAACAGCCAUCAUUAAAGACACUUGGGGCCGCUUUACUCAAGCUGUUCCGGCGUCUUUUGCUCGAUUUUCAGAGUUUUCAAGCGUAACUAAGGCUGCUGAACACUAGACUUUAGCUCACAGGAGUAAACAGACAAACGUCGGGUAGCAUUUGCAUAUAAUAGUUUUUGUUUAGUUAGUCUGCUGGGGAGAGAGCCUGUUCAUCUUGAAAACCGCCCCUCCUCGGUUUUCAACAAUACCUGUGUAGAAACAGGAGAGGGCCGACCUCCCUUUAAAGCUUCUUGACUUCCCUCUGGAAAAGUGGGAAAGUCAUUGCAUCCAUAUCCUUGGUAUGAGUCGUUUUGCUCCUCUGACCUUAAACAUCUCAGGUUUUGCCACCAAAUCAAGAAUUUUGGGGCCUCUUUAUUUCCCAGUAGUCUGUUUGUACAAUUCUUAAAUAUAAGCAGCACUGUGCAAAUGAAGCUAUGUGAAGAAAGUUUGUAGUAAAUGUCUGAGGGCCAACUUUGGCUAUGUGUUCACCUGAUUAAAACUACAUUUCUGUUGGCUAAACACAUUAAUUAUGAAACUGUCUGUGUUGCAAUAAUAACUAUACAGGCAGACACAUGCAGUCAACAUUCAUGAUACUUUCUUUCAUUCUUUCAUUAUUCUCCUCGUGUGCAUAAAAACACAAAUACCAAACAUUAAAAGCAUUGACAAUCAAAAUAGACAGUGUACAAAUAACUCUCAGCAAAACAACACCAAUCCAGUAAGAGGAGCGACAGACAGAAAUAGAGCUUAUCAUGUCCUGCCCCUACCCUUACAGUCUUAUAAAAGCAUCAACAUUUUACAUAUGUCUGUGUGUGUGCAUGCACACUUUGCACGUGCCAACAAUCCAAUAAAAUGAAGAAACAAAAACAAAAUAAUUAAAUACUGAAAUACUGCUGUUUUAAUAUCAGAUAUUAUAAUCCCUGCAAUUUCUGUUCUUCAAUUUCAAGUUUACCAGCACAAUAAACAGGCGUCUACCAACAGUACAACACCAGUAGGCUAUAAAAGAGAUUGUCGAGUCAGAUGGUGGAGGUGUUACUGUUAGAGGUGUGGAAGGCCACAAAUAGAUGAUAAUAUGUAACUUGAUGGACAUAUGUGUGAAUUGAAUUUAAAUCUUAGUGGUGAAAUAUGUUGUCAACAAAUUCCACUUUACCUAUGAGGAAAAGCUUUUUAUCAAUUGAUACAGUAUACAUACUACACUUCUUAUCAUAACUCAACAGUUUUCUCAUGUUCCCCCCAAGAAGAGACUGGCCUCCGGAGCUCUCUGACAUAUGAUUCACCUGUCCUCAGUUAAUAUUCACUUGUACCUUGUUGGGAAGUGGAAUAACUCACUUGUGAAAGCCAUGAAGUAACAGGUCAGUCAAGGAGCACAACACUGAGAUUAUCACAGGAUAAUCAUUCUAGUGGUGGGCUUAUACCCAGUUGGGUCCUUAUCAGAGCGGACUUGCAUUCCUGAGAAUUAAAAUGCUCUAAAUCAUUUAGGGGCCUGUAUGUGCUUGUAAUGGGCCGUUGCCUUGUGAGAGGGCUUACUGCUGGGGUGUGAGCUGCUGACAUGUUUUUACUGUAAACACUGGGAGAAGCUUUACAUGAUGUACCAUGCUGUUAUUUUGUCCACAGUGUUAAUGCUCAGACAGGGAGUUGGCUGGUUACAGAUCAGCACUGGCAGGCCCUGACAUAUGCAUUGUGAGUUUUGUUUUUCUGAAAAGGUGCAUAUUACCGAUGAUUUGGCUGUUUAGUUGCUGAAUUAUAACCAGAGGGGUUUGUUUUAUGUCUUUCUAAUUGAUUCGGGCCGGUGCACUGCCAUAGUCUGAUAUUUCUAGCAGAAAUGGACUCUACAGAGAUGUACUGGUAUUUGUUUACAUGACAGAUUUGCAGUCAGUUGUCUGUACAGGCCAAUUGAAAUAUGUCACCGUUUGAUAUUGUUUAUAACAGCCAUAACCCUGUUUUACCUUAAUGACCUUAGUUUGCGUGAUAUGUUGACUGUAUACUUAAGGUGAAACCACACUCAAACUAACCUGAGGUGACCCUUGCAUGAUAUCUGACUGGUAGGACAUGAUAUGAGUUCUCAUUAUGUCUUUUUGCCUGACAGAUGAGCAAACAAAAGUGGCAUUUCAUGUUCCUUGAUAAGCUUGUUAGUUCACCGUAUUAGGUACUGUUAGCAGCUGUGCCAGGCAGCUUUAUGGUAUUACUUCCUCUACACAAGCAUAGCCUUGAGGCUACAGCAACACCGGUCUUGUUUUGUUGGCACUGGACAAUUUGUUGAUGUUUCACAAGAUCUCUGUGUUGGCACACUAUGUGAAAAAAAAAAACUGUCAAAACACGCGCGGGCCUCCAGGAUUGAGGUUUGAUUUUAAUUGGAAAGCCUAAACCACACAACUGUUAGGUAUAAAAGCUUAUUUUUGCCCAUUUGCAAACAUUAUGAUACAUCAGGGAUAGAUAAUAUUAGAGUUGUUGUGAUGCCAGUGCCUGUACAGUAAAUGCCCGCCAAAGCUGCCUGAGAUGUAGUUUUGGGUAUGUGUUUGUACACCAGUUCAUUCAUGGUCUUUUGGUGUCAUUUGUUAGCCCCACAACAUUAGCUUUUUUUAAUCUGUAAAACACUUACUUACACAGUAAUAAUAUAUAUAUGUCAUAUGGUUACCAUUAUACAGGGACAAAUACAUAAUAAAGUAGUUGCUUGUGAAAAAUCAUGGUUUCCUGGCACCCUUUGGUGGACGUACAUCUGGAAAGGUCACAAGGCAACCGCAAAUGUUUCUUUCUUUAUAAUGCUAUCCUUUAGUCACUCUGACACCAAAGGGGCUCACAAAGCUCAAGAACAUUUGUUGGGAUUGGUCCAUGAAGAAAAAAAGUUAUACUGCAGUGUUCUUGUUUAAGAUGGUUGGUCAUCUCUAUUUGAUAAGAUAUUUUUUUAAAAGUCCCGAGGGGGGAAAUUCCAAAGUGACCUACCAUCUGCCAAUUUCUCAUUGCUUAGAGAGAAGAAGCUUUAUUGUCAUUGUACAGGAAAACAACCAAAUUUCCAAAUUUUGGCAGCAUCUCUCUGCAGCUACAUGGCACAUUUAUUAAAAUGUGUUUUAAAUAGAAGAGGAAAAAAGGAAUAAAAUAGUAGUAAAAGUAACCUAAGUAAAGUGAACCCUCAUCAAAGUCUAUAAAGUGUAGCAGUGUAUUGUACCUGGUGCUCUUUUGCCUGCCAGCACACAGUAACUCUCCUGGGGUAACUGGGUUAAUGAACUGAGUGUUAAGUUUCACAGUGCUGCCAAUGCAGCAGGGGGGAUCGGCUUCCUCUGAUGGCUCACAUUAAGCUCUACAGAGUGAAAGAGUAAAUAGUAGCACCAACAACAGGGGGGAGGUAUAGACUCAUUAUUUUUUCAAUGGUGGGAGUCAUUAAGGAGUGGCUGAGACACAGCUGAGCCCCUUAGACCACCAUAUGUCUGCAUGGUUUCCGGAUGUUGAGGUGGUUAAUGUAUUGAGGCAGGUGCUGAACCCCAGCACGCUGAUGACCGUUUUCACAUUGAGACAGACGAAAAUGUUCAUCCUUACUUUAAGAUGCCAGUUUUAUUUUGGUGUCCUUCUACUGAUGUAAAAGGUUUACACCCAUGAAUCUUUCAGUCACACUCAAAAGAACGCAAACUUACUAAAAUAUCUGUGUAUGAUGUGGCACAGUCGGUAAAUUAAGGCUUUUGGCGCCACUAAGAAGUAAAUCCAGUAGCACACAAUGGUUUCUUGACUCAGCUUAAAUAUUGACUCAUGAAGUGUGUGUUACUUUGUAAUUCCCUUUCUGUCCUCCCUUCACACAGGGUGUUAGACAUUGUGAUGAAACGCUUUCUUUGGUUCGACAAUAUCACAAGGUCUGUUGCCAGUGACUUUGUGCUGCCAUUUAUGCAACAGUCUCUAUUAAUGUUCAAAAUAGGACCUAUGAUGGCAUGCCAGUAUAUAAUACAGCAUUAUACCACAAUGCCAACUUCCACAUCAUUAUUUGAUUUACACAUUUGAUUUUCAAGCUGAAAUUAGAGAAUGUUUGAUUUUAUUGCUGAAUUAUUAUUCCAGCAGUAACUGAUCCUCAAAAUAGUUGCGCUUUUUAAAAAUAUUUUCCUGUGGUUUAACAAGCUGUCUUCACAAUAAUGAACUUCAGGAGCAGGGCGUUUAAUCAGAAAUGUCUUUAAUGUUGUCCUUUUUGUCCUGUGUUUAGGACUUUUCUCACAGUUUAUAUCUGUAUAUCAUAGCUAAAGCAGCAAUAUGCGGUCUGUCUCAUAGUUUGUUAAAGUGGCCUUGAAAGUCCUUGAGCUGGUGCCCCCAGGUCACUGUUGUUCUUGCUGAAGCUCCAGACUCUCUCUUUCGUCUGGUUGAUCCUGAGGGUAAACUGUGCGGACCCGCAGGACUCUGUGGGCUCGCCACCACAAUAGGCUAGUAUGACUGUUUGAAUGUGGCAUUCUUUGAGCAGUGUGCUUCACUUGGGCCAAACAAUGGCUUCAUUUAGCAUCCCUUCUCUGCCGUGGUCUGCUCUGUCACCAUAGCAUCGCUCUCAUGCCACACCCUGCCCCCCAGUCUGGCCCGGCUUUGCACUUGUCCCUGCUAUUAGGACAGCUGGGCCUUGGCAGCCAUUGUUUGGCCACACCCGAGACCCUACCCCACAUUUUAAGAAUUUUUGUUUGGAGGGGAAGUUGGCAUUCCCAUCCCAUGCUCUUCAUUUACAAUAUUGUUUGAUAAACCAUGUAAAUCUUGAGUCUGGUUGAGAUUGUUGAACACAAUUUAAUGGAGAAAAAACAAAGAGUGCAGCUGAACAUCCAACUUUUGUAUUUCAAAGUAAAGGCAGGCAAUGGUCUGCUGUUUGAGGCACCUUUUUAAAAUUUUCUCCGCUUAACCCUGAAACACCAACAUCUUCGUCACACAUGUACAAGAGUAGAUGAGUUAGAGACCCUUCCUAGCUGCAAUCUGCUUGUCCCCUCCAAAGACCACUGACUCUUGACCUCUCUGAUUGUUUGGUGGUGAAAAGGCAGUGCUCCCUGUUUCCAGCUCAACCACUCAGAGGUGGUAGAUUUUUAAUUAAUGGGUUUAAAGCCGACAGCCCUCAGGCUCUUUGGUGAGUAAUGGAUCCUUCAUGGCACGUCAUUAUCUCUUUCCUCUGUUUUUAUGAGCAAUCAUAAAAAUCAUCAGUUUCUGGAUGCUGUGAGCCAAUGAGAAACCCCACCUCAAAAUCACUGCAGAUGUUGUGCACUGCCAACUUUUUACUGCUGUUUUUUACAUUCUAGUUUAUAAGAUUGUGUCAUCUUGAUGUCAUUGUUAAAUUUAAGGUUAAAACAUGUCUGGUUUUAACUUCUAGAGCUCCCCCGGAGAAACAAGCCUUGAUCUACAGAGUUUUGGUUCUAUAAGUAGAACUAGGUGACCUAUGAAGUUGUAUUUUGGGUCAGUUUGAACUUUUUGCAGCUCUACUCUCGAGAGCACCGAGCAGGCUGUGCUACUUCUGAUGCAUACUUUGCUUCAUUUGUGAGACUCAUCACAGGUAAUGACUUUAGAAGAAGAGUGCUGUUAAAUGAAGAACUAAGUCAAACUUGUAUUGCAGUUGCUUUUGAGCAAAUAUUGCAUGCAUGCAUCAUCUUAAUUUUGACCUUGACUCAUGAAUUGUUCCUUAUGAAACUAGGCCUCUGCACUAGUUAGUUCACUAGAAAUCACUGCAACUUGGAGAGGGGUCUGGCUGCAGACCUCCACUAAGUGGACUGGAAGUUGUUUGAAGCCUUUCAAAAUAAAAGCAAAUAUACUGGGAGUUAGGGCUGGGCGAUGUGGCCUAUAAUCAAUAUCGUGAUAUAUUGAGCAGUUCACCUCGAUAACGAUAAAUGGACGAUAACUACUUCACCUCUCCUCACCUGUCUUUCCCUCUUUGUUACGGACUGAAUUGGAUGGAGUCACAUCUCUGACGUAGGACAGCGUCUUAAAGGGACAUGAGACCAAAGCCUACCUACACACAUCCAAAAUGACGUCUGUUAUUGUCGUAAAUUUUGGUAUCGGUAAAUUUAAGGUUUAUCGCCCAGCCCUACCGGGAGUACGUUUCUUGUUUUAUGUCGGAAGUUGAUUCAAAGUCUCUCAAAUUAAAAUCAAUUACACCGGGAGGAUUGUAUUUUUUUUUUACUUGUGAAUAUCAUUUUUUAUUCAAUGGGCUUUAUUUUAUGUAUGUAAUGUUGAUAUGAUUUUUUUGUGUAUUCAUGUGUUCAACAAAGAAAAAAUACAAAAGGGAUGACGACUUCAAACAAACUGUAGUGCGUGAAAAAAAAACAUCACUUCAGGUCCUCUCAGUGGAGGUCUGCAGGUAGACUGUCUUGGCAACUUCUGUAUUGCUUUGUAUCGUACUAUUACUGUUACAGACCAAUAGACUAAUAUAAAAUCUACUAUAAACAGUAACAUCUCUUCCUAAUACACUAACACAGGAGAAAUCAGCACCCCUGCAUAAACCAAGCUAGCACUAGAGGUUAUAAAAGAGGCCAAUCACUAUCUGUGUGUAAAGGGAAACACUGACUCUGUGUGUGUUUACGUCCCACACUCAGCUAAGCCAGUUCUGUCACACAGCAGGUAGCAAUGGAAAGGUGUUCUAUGACUAAGUGCUGAAAAUGACACCUGCGAGCGUAAAGGUGGAGCAGCCAAAUGAUGCUACCUGUCAGUGCUUGUAUUUCCUGGAUCAAUACCUGAGAUUUGGAGUACGUGAGCUGUCUGCGGUCGUAAAAGUUAGUGUCAUAUCAGAUGCCAGCAUUCACAGACUUGUUUUUGUUCAUAGUCUGGUUGUUUUGAUUGCUUUAUUUCUUUCAGCUUAUGAAGUUUUAUUUUGUUUUUUUUUAUAUGCAGAGCAUUUCUGUUUUUCAUGGUGUUCAGUUGCUGUUAAAAAGUCAUCAUCCUCUUGCCAAAUCUAGAUAAUUGAAGCAAACGUCAAAAUAACCACAACAAACACACGUACCGCACUGAAUCACGUGCAUCCAAGGCCACAAAAAUGCAAAAACAGCGUGGCUAUGUUGCAGUUCAAACAAAGGAAACGUGGGCCCUGUCCUGCAUGUAAUUGUGUAUAUGUGGCGUGGGGGGAGUGCCAUAACUGAUGGUCAUGUUGAUUUGAGAAGGUUGGUGGGGGUUUUAUGGGCCAAGUGAGAUUCAUGUUUCAAUCCCUGCUUGCCUCUGCCUCCUUUGUCUACAAUAUUAAUGCCAAUUCCCAAAGCAGAGAAGCUGGAAAUGAGGAUUCUAUAUGAGUUUGCAUUUUAAGUAGAUCUGUGAGCUGCCUGUCUAAUUUUUUUUUGUUUGAUAGUCUUGUGGGAGAGGCAUCAGUUGAGAAUCUGCCAACAUUUUUCCUUUUUAUCACAUGGGCGCAGUCGUCAAUUCAGGUUGUUACUUGUAGUUGUGGUAAUUACAGUUCAAUCACUGGAAAAUGAUGCGUGUUUAACAUCUCAGAGGGAACCAUAUCACGCCAACAGCACAGGUUUCUAGUACAGCUCACGUUACAGCCUGUAAACCAUUAAAAACGUGAGUUCAAACUAUUUACUUUUUGCCAUACCCUAAAAGAUGAGGAAGGUGAUUGUGGAAGAAUCCAGGAGUUUCUGAAGGUGCAGAAUUCUUCAUGAUUUCUGAUUUUACACACCUGCAUAUGUCCUGUUAUCCUGAUUUAGCAGUUUCAAUUUGGUUUGAUGCCAGCAUGUUUCUUAGUGGUGGGAGAAAAACGAUUCACAUAAGUAUCGCGAUUUUUUGUUUUACAAUUUUUAAAUAAAUUUUUAUGUUCAAAAAUGUUUUUUUUCUCCAAAUUUAAGAAUAAAUCUUGAAAACUGACUUACAUAUGAUGUAUUUUUGGGGGAUAUAUGGUUCCUGGAAUAGUCAAUAGACAAUCAUAAUCAUACAUUGGAGUUAAAAUGCAGACUAAAGGUCCUUACACAAUUGGAACAACGCAAAUAUAUGAUGCGAAAUUACGAAAUAUUCAGAGGCAAAUUUUGACACGCCUGACUAUACAUCAAGCGCAAUGCAAUUUUCUGGGGGGGGGGGGGACACAACACGAAAUCUGAUUUGUCAGAAAUGGACACCCAAUAUGCGAAACUUUAGAAAAAUGGACCGUGAUCUGAAAAAAUAAAUGCCACAACAUCGCUGAUGUGAAUGCGUAUUGACAGGAUACAGGUUUGAAAAAAAUAUUGACGUCCGAAAUAAUUGCACGAAAAAAACGCUCUCGGUAUGAAAGGACCUUAAAGGUCGAGAUAAUCGACAAUAUUAUAGAAUCCCAAUUUAAAUCGAAUGGGCAUCCAAAAAAUUGUAAAAGAAUCGAAUUGGGAGAAAAGCUUAUCUUCCCAGCCCUAAAGUUCCUCCACUUAGACACAACCAAAGCAUGUGUGGCAGGCCUUCAAAAACAUCAGAUGCAGCAGCAGACUUUGCCAGAGUGCAGCAUACUUUAUCAUUCUCUUUAUAUGCCUCCCAACCUUGUCGAAAUGCACACUCAAGUUCUGACAAGUCAUCAGGUAAAAGAGCCAAGACAGAUAUGUUUGGGCUACACAUCCUUUAUCUUCUGCAUGAUAUGAGGAAUAAAUGCACUUGUUUGUUACUCAUUUUUCCAGUCUGUGUGUUUGCGGACCUCCUGAAAGGAGAUACCGCUGGUAGUUGUACCCUGGUAAUUUAAUUUACUAUAAACUGAAUUGGCCUCUCUGGAGCUGAUAAUGUCUGUCAUGCACAUCCUGAUUGAAUUUGCAGAAUUUGUGAUUAUUGCAGAAAGCACCUUUGUUCCUUUGUUGGUUCUUACUCCACUUGGUUACAGACUGAAAGUCCUCAGUCUGUCUUGAGGCAGCAUAUCCACAUGAAGGGAUCAUUCUUCUGUUAAUCUGAAAGAUGGCCACAGUAGCUAGCUUUCUCUCUUCAGGCAUAGGUGCUGGUAUUGUUCCAUCAGGCAGGGUUUUAGGCUGUUACAUCAAGCAGGUUCCCACAGUAUAACCUAACAGUGUGAUAAUAUUCUGAAGGAAAGCCAUCAAAACAGCCGUGUAGUCAGACAAAACCAGCUGCAUCAACAGCUAACUGUUCCCCAGGAGCGAUUGUGUUACAGCUUUUAGUGGCUACCACUGUUAGCUGCCAUAUUUCUCUCUUCUUCUUUCACAGUUAUGUAACUUGUUUUACUUUACCUAUGUUUUGAUUUUUCUGAAAGGGCAAACUUAAGAAUUAUUUUAGCUUGUCUGUUUUAAGGAAAAUAACCAAUGUAAACCAAAAUAAUUCCUGAAAUAAAAAAACACAGUUUUGUAAUCGGUGUGCCCUGAACACCUUGUUGCCUUGUGUGGUUGAUUGCUUAGAAGCCACAGGGCAGAGCCUGUCAGGUCGAUCCUGUUAAACAGUAGGCGUCCUUGUUAACAUCCCUAAACGACUCCUUUCUGCUGUUUGUGUUUUGGUUUUGGUUUUGAUCUCACUGCCCAGCUCUCUUGGGCUGUAUUCACACAUGAACUUUACUCCUGAAAACUUCACCUGCAGAGUGAAUACAGUCGGUCAAAUUGGGGGCAGGGUUUAUAAUGUUUACCACAUGGAUGAUACGCCACGAGAGUGAUCUUCCUGCACAAAGUAAAUCUGCAACUGUUUUUUUUCUUCUCUGUUUAUAGACUCCUAUGAAUAUGUAUAUUGACACAUAGCAUGAUAUAAAGGCACCAUUCUCAUUGGUUAUCUUGUAAAUAGUAGACAGUGACUACCACAGUGACCACCUUUAUCCUUACAUGCCUUCUUUAAAAACACUUUUCCCAGCAGAUAAAACGUCCCGCUGGGAGGAGCAUGUAUGAAGCAAACUUUUGAUCCUUUCAGGGGCACGUUAUCCUGAAUUUUUUUUUUGGAGUGAACAUGCGACAAAGGCUGUGGUUGAGUCUUGCCAGCACAUUUCUCUAUCUUGACUGUUUUGCUUUAUCCUGUCAGGUCCCAGGUUGUUUUUCACUGCUGAGAUUAUGACAGACUCAGAGAUAAGCAGCUUGUAUCUCCGCCAUGCAGCCAUGCAAGAUGUCCGCGCUCUUUAUAUCUAGCAGCUUUGUUCCACCUCAGACUUUGCCUCUGUGUCAGUCACUCAAUCAUGCAUCCGGCUGGCCAUGAGCCGGUCUCACUUCCGUGUUGGCAUUCAGAGAUGAGGCAGAGAGACCUCAGACCUUUUCACAUGGAUUUAGUCUGGUGAACUAAUUAUCAGAGUAUCUGGGUCUGACAUUUGCUAAUAGCCACACAAGGCUUUGACACUAUCUUCUCCACAUAGCAGACUGCAUACUGAUUGGAUUAUGUUGGAUUAGUAUUACUCUAUUUGUUUGUUUUUGUGCUACCUUUAAUUUAAUACUCAGUGCAUCAUGACUUUUAUCUCUCUGCUAGAGACCGUAGUUAGUGAUUUCCCAGAGCAGGGCUGUUGGCCUACAUCUGGAGGGAUCAACAAGUUAAGCCAGAGCCUUUUAACUCUCAAAUUGUGUCAAUCCUUUACAAGCACGUUCACUGCAGCUGCAGCCACUCACUUCAUAGUAUUUCUGCCUCUUCUGGGAGGAUCUUUUUACCUUUGAAGCCCUGAAUUCCCCAAGGUUUUCUGUGAGUAGUAGAGUCAGUGUGCACUUUGAAGGAUAUCUUAAAAAUUCAGAGAUAAGAAAGAAUAUAUUUAGCUUUCUGAAUAUCACUUUCAGCUCAGAAAGAGUAAAUAUUAAAACAAGAGGUAUGAUUUGAAAAUUGUUGGCGCUCACUAGUGGUUGACUGAUAAGGAUUUAUGUAUUUUUUUUAAUUUACCACCUCCAGUAUUUAAAGAACAAGAUGGCUGAAUGCCAGAAUAUAAUGAUAUCACUUCAUUACUUUAUUGCAUCUGUGAAAAAUAAAAAUAACAGUUAUUGAUCCAUGUGCAAUAUAAUCUCAAGAACACGUUUCUGAUGGAUUUUAGAUUCAUACUUGAAAUGGAAGAAAAAUAUUUAUGUUCUAUGCUGUGGGUGUCCGAGCAUUACAGAUAGAGUUUUGACCUGCUGUUAUCAUUCAAAGGGAUGUUAACAUUGCUCAGCAGCAGCUACAUUGAUGAGCUAGCGCUGUCUGCAGACAUGAUUUAUUCAUAUUUUUAAUCGGCCUCAUCAGUCCAAAUAUCGGCCGAUUAUUUUAAAAUGCCACUAAUCCAUCUAUCUCUGGAGCUGGCACACUCAAAUGUAAACAGACUUUGACAAAUGUAUUUGUACUUAUUCUCACAUAUCGUUGUUUUAUAAAGGAUCAAAAACAUGAAAUUCUGUUUAUCUGAGUACAGCUCAUCCUUGAAUGAUGAUUGUAAGUUGGGAUGAGUGCUUUUGAAAUCCUGCGGGUUGGACUCAGGUUUGCUCUGGAGGGACUAGUUUAAACUUCUGCUCUUGUGUAUUCAGUUGAACACUAUUUUUUAAUCAAGAAAUAAUCCAAAGGACUUCACGAAUAUGUAAAAGGAGACCUGCAUUUUUUCGUGAAUUCAGAAAGAUGUGUGUCCCUUCUGGGAUUAGACCUUUCCUUUACUGGGGUAAUUACAAGCUUUGCUGAGGGUGGGGUAGCAACUUGAAGGACCCUUUUUAAUCCUAGCAUGGCAUUUAAUUUGUGAUAGUUAGGGUCUCUUGCAAGGGAAGGGCUGCUUGGGUGGAAUUUAUAGAUACAGCCCCACCCUGCAUGAAACAUGUGCACAUUGUGGCCCUGUUUCUCUCCGCCACAUGAUACGAGCCAUAAUACGACGUUCUCCCUUUACACAUUCCUUCACAGCAGUCUGAAAAAUGUUUUUUAUUUAUCAUAGUACCGGGUCUGUGUCCUAUGAUCCUGCUGAACAAGUAUUUAUCAUUAGCACGCAGAAGGACUUUUAGUUCAUUCUCACAACAUUAUCAAACCUCUAGGCUUCACUGAAAUGCUCUUCAGAUACCUGCAUGCGUGAAGCACUAUUAGUUCCUGUUUCACACUGCACACAUCGAUUAACGUAUCACAAAAAACCUUUUAUUUUGCUACAUAACUAAAGAAACUCGGUCAGCUAGCUUGUAGUCAUGGUUGACCUUUUCAGGGUCAGCUACACUCUGCAACCAAUCGGAUUUUCAUACUUCCUGGUGUCACUGUUAAUGCACUGCGAACUGAUUUCCAAGCAUCGGCAGCUUUGAGCUUUUAACCUCAUUUCUGUCUGUUAAACAUGGUGUCCUAAAACCACAGACUGCACUAUCAGAAAGGCUAAUAGGUCGUAGCAAAUCUUUGACUCUAAUGGGGGGUGGGGGGUGGGUGAUAGGGACACUUUAAAGUUUUCACAACCCGAUAAGCUCACAAAACUUUACUUUUGUUUUUUCACAUAUAGGCUGGAUUGACUUUGUCUUAUGUACUUAAUUGUUAGGCAAACACAUAGCACCCUGUGGUUAAAAACACAGUAACAAAGCAACAAAAAUGUGCUGUACAUAAGGGUAUUGAAAAAAAAUGAAAAAUAAGGGUCAAGUUGUGUUUCCCAGUCGUGACAGGCUUAAUAAUUAACUGAAAAGAAAGAAAAUGUUCAAACCAACACUGUUGUUUUCAGGCGAGGAACAAAAUCUAUCCCUUGUAUUCAAAUAAAGAUGCAAAUGUCCAACCAACUGCCAAGGUGAAGAGGAGGUUAUGUUACAAUACUCAAGCUUGAUCAAUCCUACUGUGAAUUUGAAUGAUCCCUGUGUAAGUAAUUGUCAAAUGGAAAAAAUAUUUUUGAAUGAUUUUUACUUCAUAAAUGCCAUUUUCAACCAAAACACGGUGCCAACACCAAAGUCUUCAGUAAUUCAUUUUGAUUUGGUCAAAUUAGUCGCAGACAGAAGUAGGGAGUAAAAAAAAAACAAAAACUCUUUCCUUAAAGUUCCCGGUCUGUAGUUUGUGUAGCAAACUAUUUGUAAAAAAAAAAAAAAUCUUUGUGGUUUUUGGAUUUCUUGAAGGAAUUGCACUUCUACAUGAGAACCACACAGCAGCCUUUUUCUGUGUGAGGAUAGGCUAGUUUAGAAGUGUGGUAGUCUUUAAUAAUUGUGACUGAUUCUGAGGUUACACCACUACAAAUCUGAGAUUUCCUGAAAACUUUUACAGAAAACUGUAGCUAGUCUAAUGUCUAAAAUUAUGUGUUUAUAUGAAUCAGUGCAAAGUAAACUGUGUCCUUGCAGGGGUGAAAAUUACUGAAUGAAAAACAAUAUGAUACUUUGUACUGGACUUGCAACACAGAUUAUAUCAAGAUACUGCAAUGAUUGAUGUAUAACAUAACACUCAUAUAGCGCUACAUGGCAGUAUCUGAUUAACUAAAGAAUACAAAGUGUAGGAUUUAUGCAUUUGUUGAACUGAAAUCUAGUUUAGUUACAUUGAAAUGAAACACUGUUCAUGUUCUCAGUCUGUAUAGUAAAAUUUACAGAACUAUAGUGACUGUGUACUAUAAAAAAUGACAUAUUUCUUAAAAAUACGCAUGUUUAAAAAACAAUCUUAAUCUUAAAACAACCUUAACUUCUGAAACAUAACCUUGUUCUGAUGCUGGCCUGCAUGAUGUGAAUAGCAGCUGGGUGUUUUUCAGUCUGCCUCCAUUCCUUCGUAGCCUUUGUCAAAACUUCUGACAAGAGCACUCCUACAAGUCUAGUAGCAAGCUGGUAGCAGGUAGGAAUGCCUCUCUUACUCAUUGUCACCAGAAUAGGCUGCUACUGUCACUAUGAGGACCAUCAAGUUCCCCCAUCAGGUCUGAAUAAACCUCUUCCUCUUCAGGCUGGAGUACGUCCUCUACCUUUCCUCAGGACUCACUUUAAACAGCUGAUAUAAUUUUCUAAUUUUGAUUUGAAAAGUUGUCAGCACAUCAUUCUUACCACCGUAUCCUAAUGGUCUACAUCCCUUGGUCACCUAUUUGAGAAGACAUCUGCUCAUUUGUAGUUGUCAACCAUUUUGCCCGAUUAAGUGCCAUUGAUGUUUCCCCCCUCCAUGUCCAGUGCCACUGCAAGUGGAGUGAUGCAGUAGUAACUCAUUGAGUCAAAUUAGCAGGUAAAGCUAUUUGGAGCUUAAAUUUAUUUAAUUAAUUUAAAUUAUCCAUAUUUAGUGAUGGUGAAACAAAACUUUAAACACCAAGGUCAGGAGGAUGAUAUAUUGCUAUAUCCAUAUUUUGUUGAACCCCUAUCGUCUGGUGCCCCGUAGGUCACCAAAAACCUGUUCCUGCUGUUAUUGACACAGAUCAUCCAUCCCACCAGAACAGAAGCCCACCGUGAGAACAGGACCUGUCUGUUUUUCCAGCUGCAUGACAUUCUUUAUAGAGGCAGCUACCCAGGGCCGUACGGCUUCCACUGUUAUCCACUCAUGACUGCACCAGCGCGGCUCACUACUGAUGUCUGGAACAGCAGUCCUGUCGAGAUAAGCAGUUUCUUGGAUCAAACUGUUAUGCAGUUUCAAAUGUAGACAUUUAAAAUCCACGCAGAGUUUCAAAGCCUUAAGAGAUUGGAUCAGCCCUUAUGGCAUGCGGCCUGGAAGUGGUCAAGAAAUCUUACAGCUGCAGACAUCUUUGUUUAUGGACAAUACCAAAUGGCAGCCAUCAACAGCUUUUUUUAAGUUGUAAAAACCUCAAAAUCAUUUAAAGUGACCUUAAACACCUGGACAAAGCAUGUCAAGAAGACUGUAAAAUAGUGUUUCUCCAUGCUGAAAGAUAAAGUGAAGUAUCGUACCUCCACAUUUCAUCUCCUGAACGCUCUCACGUGGUUGUUGAGGAAAGUGGUUGAGUUUAGCUUGAGGUUUGAUUUGUGACUUCCUUUCAGCCGGAAAGUGUCUGAUUACAGGAUUUGCUAGGCGGGUGGUGUAAAUGUAUAGUUUCAGUUACAGCACAUCUGAUACUCUACGGUCUUUCUGUCAUGUAAGGUGGUGAUCGGACUGUGCUGAAUAACAAAACCUACAACAAAUGCGUUUUGAUGUUUAGCUGCAAUCAGUGCCUAAGUCCAUGCCUGACUCACCUCCAAGGAGCAGAAAGUUUCUGGCAGACAGAUGACAUAUUUUGUCAACACCUGCAUGGAAACUAGCAGGGACGUAAUCAUGUAGACAACUUCUGUUCUCCCAUGAGAACAUGUCUGAUUUUCUUUUAAAGGAUGGACAGAGUAAUAAUUAGUUUGGAUGCUGGAGCCUUGAGAAAUACCACAGAGUUGAAUCAAAACCUGAUUGAUUCAGACUUUUAGGUUGAUCCGUGUAGAUUUUCAAUAUCACAAGGAUAAAAAUUUAACUUGAACAAUGAGAGUGAAGAAGGGAUUUGAGCAGCUUAAAAGUUAAAACUAACUUUUUUCACAGGAUAUUGUUUUUACUGUGCCCACACCCUCUAGUGCCACACAUGGUGGUAUCAGUGUUGAACAAGAAUAAUGCUUCAACCUCCACAUGCCUGUGCUGGUUAUAGAUUGCUCUAUUCGUGUAGUUAUAUGCUAGUUGUGUUCAUCUGGGUAGUUGAGCGUUACAGCAUUAUAGUAGAUGUCAUUAACUAGAGCUACGGCCCUGACAAGUGGCAGGCGGCUAAACUAGUGUAGACACAUGGUCUUGGUCUCAAUAUCAGAGGCAUUCAUUCGUUUUAUGACUUAGUUUGCUCAUGACUUGUAAUUUUGGUACUGACUUGCAAGAGUAAUUAUUUAAUAAUUUAGUCGGCUAAAUGAAAACAUCCCUAUUAGAACAUAAAGGGGGGGUAUAAUGCAUUUUUUCCAACUCUAUAUUUCCUUUCUGAUACCUCUUAAAUAUUUUUACAUGAUUUUCAGAUCAAACAAAACUUCAAAUCUCUCACAGUGGUGUUUUAAAAUAUCGUUAUUUCAGCCCCCGUCUGAAUCGCUUCGUUUUAGCUGCCGUCUCUUUAAGCCCCCCCCCCCACAAGAAAACUUUCUUCUGAUUGGCCACCUCUCCAGAGGCUUUCCGGAAAACAGCAGAGGGCAGAGCUUGCUGUUUUGGCCCCGCUCUGUCCAUCGUGGUCAGUGAUUUAAGCUGCAGAGCAGCGUUACCCCAUGGACAUCUUAUAUACAUAUAUAUAUUAUGCCUAUGGUUACCCAGCUUCACUGUCGGUGUCACUUCACAAGCUGUUUGAGGCAGGCCUUCCCACUUUGCUGGAAGCACAUCAACUAGUAGAGAAAGUCUAUAAUUCUUGUGUCAGACUCAAAUAAAUCUCGUACAUAAAAUAUGUUCUCACAUUGUCAUGCGUUUGUCCGAGAUUUGAGCUAGUUAUUUCUAUUUUCUCAGAUUAUGACAAAAUAUAUUAACCUUGUUAUUUGAAACUUUGCAUACAUGUUGUAUGGACACCAAACUUUGUAACCUUGCAGUUUUUGUUGUAAAUAUGGAAAAGCAUGACACCCCAACCCCCCCCCAAGUUAAAUGUUAAACUUAAAAGAAAAGAAGAAUAGAACAUUUGUUGGCGUCAGUGUGAUACUACAGGUUCAGUCUUGUGAAAUCUUUCAGCAUAUGGUUGAAUUACUAUAUUAUGUAGUUAUGUUGCACCCUUCAUAAAAGAAUGCGAAUUCCUCACACAUUUACUGAACUCUGGUGAUAAUUCAGCUCAAAACUUAUCACUAUGUUGCAAUGUAGGAAUGUUUACAGUUGCUGGAUGUUGUUAGUCAGUAAUUAGCUGAGAUGCAGGAGUAAUGCUGGCACUAUAAAUCAAGUGGGAGUGACUCUGGGAUUGUUUAGAUUGAAAUUCUCUGGAUAUUUUUUCACUCUCUCUGCUGUGCCAGACUGUUUUGGGUGGAAUAUAUGCAGUGUUCGCAGUUGUAUAGGCUGAGAAUAUAGUUUUGUUACACAAAUGCAGCUGAAGGAGAUGAUAGGAAGUAGCUAAACAAGUCUGAUUCCUUUAGCCUUGACUCACUUUCAAUGCCACCCACCCUACACCCACCUCUACACCACACACAUUUAUACCUCAGCUUUGUUUCCUUUUUGCAGCUCUCCAAACAAGCUCUCUCCAAACAAGUUAUCGAGAGCCAGUGCAGGGGGGGAGGGGGGUAGAGCUGGGCGGCAGCCACUGCUCGGCUGCAUCCUAUUAAGAAGGGGAGUGUUGAAAAGGGGUGUGGCCUGGAGCCAGUAACAUCUGUGCCUGUCCCCUCUGCCCCCACAUCAUUCUGCAGAGAAAAGCAAAGAGAGGGAGGUUAGGGAGGGAGUGGAUUCACAGAGGAGAAGUUCUUGCCGGCCAGCUGGCUGUUUGCAAGACCUGAGACGGCAGCUCAUGCUAUAUGGCAAGUUUAUCCCCCUUUUGCUACAGUGCCAUAAGAGAAAAACAGUCUCCAUUUAAGUGGGAAUUUCCUCGAGGCUGACUUUGACAUCCUCUCUCUGGGAUUGGAGGUGCUUCAUAGAGAAACGUGAACCUGCGUGGAUAUCAUACCUUUCUGCAGGAAAUGCUUUGCUGCGUGUGCUUGAGCAUUGGUUUUUCUGUCGACAGUGCAGAAAGCAGGACACUGCAGUGAGUUGAGUAUAUGAAGGGAAUGCUUGGAGCACCACAGAGACGAUCUCACUCCUGGACAGGGUAAGCUGAGCUGAAUGAAUCUGCCUGUUUUACCCUGUAAUCAAAUGAGUGCAGGAAAAAAGGGAGUGAAGGAGCAGAAGCCGGCUAUCUGCUGGAUGGAAUGUGUUUGUGUGGAUUGCAUGUGACCGGCAGAUAGUCAAAGGCUAUCAGUGUGUGUCUUUGUGUGUGAGGGGAGCUUCUGGUUUGCUGUAUUCCUCCCCAGGAUACAUGCUAGACUCCUCACAUGGAGACGUAGACCUGUGCCUCUGUCAUGUCUGUGUAAUUGGGAGGUGUCAGUGUGGAAGACGGUGUUGCUGUAGUAACUGGGUGGGGGGAGGGGAUGGGGAGGAUGACAGGGUGAUCCGACCAUGCCUUGGGGCUGAUUUGGUGGUGAGAGAGUUGUCUUGUGUGUACGGGGAAUGCCCCAUAAUGACAAAGCUGCUCUGUAGAUAGGGUGAGGUGGUGGUAGAAAUAUGUGCAGACAGAGGCAACAGACUGAUACCUCCCACCAGCAGCGCCUCUGUGGUUUGGCAAACGAAGCCCCAUUAUCAGUGUCAAGUGAGCGUGAGAGGCACAGGGUGGCAUACUUUUUUUCCAUCGGAGGGGCAGGGUGCAAAUCAUCAAGUCCAUUAAAAGGAAAGUCACCUUGUGUAGAGAGGGGGUCCUGUCAUUUCCUGUGGCUGCCCAUCCCUCUCAGGUUCCACUCUCACUCCUUCAGCUCCUCUCAAGAGGCUCCAUCGCCACAUUUAGAGCGAAUCCUGUACGCACGAGUGUGCUAGCUAGUCUUUCUUAGUCUGUAGGAUUACACGGUAUAUCUGAGCGAUGGCGAGUAAAGAUUUUACCCCGUAAUCCCUCUAAUGGUUUUGUUAUUUGCUUUUUGUCCAUUGAAUUAGAGAGACAAUCCUAUUUUCUCCCCUAUAAACAUCCACAGCAGAUUAAAAAGGAGGGUAAUGUGCGGUGGAAGGGGCUUACAUUAAAUCACCCACCCACUCAGCUUGCACCUGUCACCCACCGCUCUAGUUACCAUAGCAACUGAGGAAUAGGUUGGGAUUUUUAAAGGACAGGCUACAGCUCAGGGUCGACUAGGCGGGAUUACAGCACUCUCCUCCCCCCUUUAUCGAUGAGAGGUUUCACUUUUAGCCAAGACUUCUAGUCAAUUUUUCAUCUAUUAAUUUGAGCGAACUGUUUCAGUAACUAUCCACAACAUUGAGUACACCGCAUCAGCAAAUUUACCCGUGAAUUUAAACUGUGCAUUUUAACAAAUAACACAAACAAAUGGUGUCCUUCUAUAUCGGUUAACUUUUGGCCUACGAUUAAUCAUCCUGUAAACAUUCAAUCAAUUCUUUUACGAUUAGCAAAGUAUGUGGUCAUGUAAAAAUGUGAUGUAUAUGAAAAUAGUAGUCUUACUGACAAUGAGGUCAAAUCCUGGCCUCAUAAUAAAUUGAAAUGUCUUGAUCCUAAAGUCUUUAAGAUAAUACACAGUAUUAUCCCACCAUCUGCCAACUGUAUGAGGCUCUAUGGCUCUAAAGCCCAUUUUAAGAAUCUGCAGAUACAUAAAUUCAGAUCAAAAAUAAUGUAGCCGUAAAAACCUGCAUAAUGUUUCACCAAAACCUGAACCUUGCUGUGAUAUAACCAAAUUGAUUGCACUGUCAACAUCUAAGCUCUGAGUUCAUCACUGGCCUUUUUGGUUGCACAUUUUUCACUGUGAUGAAGUGUCAUGAUAACAGCUGCUCACGUGUAAUGUGCUAUUUUUAAACCAAACUGUACUCUUUUGUAAAUGGUUUGGAGCACGUCCAACAAAUGAAACCCUGUAGGAAAAAAAAAAAAAGAAAGCUGGAAACCAGGCCUGGAUAUUGUCUCCUGUUUGAGUUGUUUCCCUCCUUGCCCCGACUCUAACCUCCACUUGAAGGGUUGACCCGGGGAAGAAUGCUAACAUGUUAAGAGUGGGGGGUUGCAGAGUGUCUGCAGAACAAGUUUGACAACCUGGCCUGCAGGAAGAGCAGCAGCUUUUAACCUGCGUUGUAAUCUCUGUCCUCCCCACAUGUCAAUCACACACUUCCCAACGCUGACUAAAUAGUCAUUUUUAGCAGUUUGUGAAACAGUCCAUUCAUGCAAGCAUUACAGGGGGAAACACUCUUUAACAAGCCAGACUAUUUACAGUUAGAGUCAGAGUAUUCAUACGGCAAUAUAUCAUUACCUUGACUUGUUCAAUCAGAUUAAUGCAGAGCUAGCACCAAAUGUUGAUGUUUUAGUCAUACCUUAUCAUAAACGGCUUUCUCUUCCAGUUUGAAUCACUGCUUCACUACUUCAUGAUCCCAUUAAUGACUUCAAUCCUGGACUUAAACUUUUGUGGGUGGGUUUUAUUCUUCAGUUUACAAAUAUCAUGAUUUAUCUUGAAAUGAUUGUCAACCAUCACAGACUGGCUGUAUCGUGAUAUUACCAUUAUCGUGGAUCAUGUCGCCGGUAUUGUGAGUUAAACUGCUAUUCCCACACCCCCACUCUAAACAGAAAAGAUUUAUUGUUUUGCUAUCUAAUCAUUAUUAUUGUAUUGUGAUGAUAAUAGUAAGUUUCUAGUUCUGUGCGAACAGCUCCACCUUUAUAUACUGCAGGAUCGAGUAUGAAUUUAAAAAUCAUAGCUAAGCUUGAAUCACAUUGAAGAAACUCCAGUUUACAGCUAAUAACGUUUGGCAUCGAUUAAAUCUCUCAUCAUUCAACAAUCAUCUCAUUCUUCUGAGGCCUUGGCAUGAUAGGAACAUAGUAAGUUUUUCAGCUUGCACCAAUCACAGUCUUUAGUUAUCUUCUGCUUCUGUUUGGUGACCAACUUUAAUCAUUGGAAACAAGAGGCUGGUGCAAGACCAGCCUCUGUAUCUGUGGUCUCUUAUCUGACUCAGUGCAGAUUUACUGGUGUCCCAAGGUAGAACCUGUGAAAACCAACAGUCUGUGUAACGAGGCAGGAUGUGGGAAAUAAUUAGAUUAACUCCCUUUGUCAUGGAUGAAAGAGUCUCUGCUUCUUGUUAGAAAAGGUAGUGCCAGUCCCAGUGUGUUGGUCAUAGUGUACAGGAUAUCACAGAGAAUAACAGACUACGUCAUUUGUCUGUUUAAUCUGGUACUUCGAAUUUGCUUUAGGAAUACAGUCACUGCUUUGUUUGUCAUGUAAAUGUUGUUCCAUUAUAAUGACAGAACUACAAUAAAUGACAAUCUUCCCAUCACUCGAAUUUGUCACCAUAAGGAACAGUGUCAUCUCUUAUGACUUUUAGAGUAAAUCAAAACCAUUGUUAGCAUCUUUUUGGCGCUAAAAUGAUACAUCUUUAAAGAUUAUGGAGGUGUCUCGAGCUUUCAUUAGAACUUCUUGUACCGCAGAGGGAACAGGUGGUUGGACUAUGUGUAUCCAAAUCUCUGAUUUGAUGAUUGAUAUAGGGAUGGGCUAUAAAAUAGCGCUCACGAGAUAUUGUCAGAAAAAUCCUCCAUGAUAAAUAUUUGCCAUCUCAUGAUAAUUACGAUAAAUGCAAGUUAAUGACGUAAGCACAAGCGACAAACUCGCAGCCGUAGCCCACACAGAGCAGAAUAACAAACAAACAUGGCCGAAGGUAAUGAAGAAGACGUUUCUGAGCAGCUCGUCACUGAACGAAGCUCCACAUGAGGGGUUUCCUUCAAGAUUGGGGUUUGGACGAGUGAAAUCAGGUCUGCCUGACAUCGGACAGUGGAUCUGCUGCUGCUGUUCACUCUGUGCAGUAAGAGUUUUCAACAAAUGUUGAAAAUGUUUUCACAUUUGAGACUUCUUUGAUGUCAUUAGUUUUCUCAAUAACCUACCACUUAAACUUGAAGUUAAGUAUCUUUUUAGACGACUCCAACUUAAGAAUGGCAGAUCUUAUUGUGAUUAAUUUUUUAGCCCAUAUCGCCCAUUCCUAAAUUGAUAUGAUGUGUAUGUUUAGGUUGUACCUGGUGCUGCUUUGCUGUUGGGAAUUAACCAACUUUAUUUUAACCAUUAAGGAUCAAACAUUGAACACAGUCCAGUGAUAAUUAUAGGUCUAUGAUGUAUUUUGGAAAUGCCUGAUACUGGGCGUUAGCAAAGACGCUUUCUUCUAAAUGUUCUCGCUGCUGUGCCAAGCGAUCACAUGUCAUCAUAAAAAGUGGGAGAACUACCAAACCAAGUACAACAUUUCUCAUAGCUAACCCUCAUUAUGUAGUACAACACAAUGUUUUGAUCAGCAGUCCAAGCUCACAGUCACUGUGUCACAAUCCACUCCCACUGCUUCAAAGUCCAACAAGACGUGAACUUUUUCAACCCAAGGCGACCAAGAAAUGCUUCCUUUGUCUGACUCUGUGCAGGGCUCUCUUUCUCUUUGCUCUCUCUGUGUCCCUGUAUGUAAAUGUUGUAAUCAGAGAACCAUGUGGCAUUAACCCUCCAGAGAUAAUGCCUUUUUCAUAUCUUGACAAACAAGCUUGUAACGUGAAUUCACAUGAUCACAUAAGCAUCAAAGCAGAACAGCUCAGCUACUGUAACAGGGCUGUUUUGACGGCUCUCUUGUUUGACUGGGAGUGAUUGAUUUAAAGCUCCUCUUAACCAGCCAGUCAGCAUUUCUGUCAUAGCUCAGUUUUCUUUGGAAGCGUGUCCAAGUCUGAAUGAGUUUGACAUGGAAAUAAUUGUCAAAUGGUAAUGAUUAUUUUCAACAAAAAAAGUGGAUUCGUUGUUCGAUCAGUUCACUUGUUGAGGUUAUCAGUGACUGAGAUUCAGUCAGCUAUGAGGAAAAGCGAAACAGAGAUGGUUUUGUUACUAUAGAGCACUUUGUGAUUUGGUCACAACAGUUUUGAAUUUCACAGCUUUAGCAACCGCUCAGUGUCCAAACACUGAUUGAUUUUCAGCCGAGCAGCCCUGAGCCCAGGCUGUGUGUUUUGUAAGGACUACCAGCAGCCUUCACUGUGGGACUCCUGAGCCCUUUGUUUGCAGCUGUCCAAAUUGAUCCAAAAUAAAUUAGAAAGUGUGGUGCGCAACAAAGAUGGGGGUUUCCCAAAAGUCCAAAAACCCUUGAAAAAAGCCAAAUUUAAUCCCCAACCCACAAAAUGAACCUCCAGCGGGGUUUUUUCAAUAAAACGCACUCAUAGCCCUGGAGCUUUCAGAUUGUUAUCAGUGUGAGAAACAUUUUAAAUCAGUGAAGUAGAAUUUUAUAAAACACUACCUUCAAUGACGAGUUGCCUUUCAUUUGAAAUGCUGCAGCCUGAUCCAGUCCAAAUCCUAAAUCAGAAAAGAAGAUUAAACUUAGUGGGCCAAAUGUCUCUCUGGUCAGCCUAAAUCACAUCUGGGGCUCAACUCUUUACAAUCUAAGCAGGGAUUCAACUAAAGAACAUUUUUUAAUUCAACCUCAUAGAGUGCAAAGUAUUCAAUGUAUUAAUGAAUUUAUGCUGUUUUUACUUUAAGGAUCAUGCUAACAGUAACAUGGGACUUUAUUUACUCCAUUUCCUGUAACAAAUUUCAUUUUCAUGCGUUCACUCGAGUCAGAUCAGAGUGAGACAUGUCCCUGAAGCAGAGCAGCCUGUGUGCUGCUCAAGGACACUUUAAAAGGUAGUUUAUGACUAAUCACACCACUUGAGCCCAGAAGGGGUAUAUCAGAGCUCCUUUUAGAACAAUACAAGGUGAGGCAACCCUGCUGACUACUAUGAUGUUGUACCUCCAGUGAGGAUGCUUUCAUAAUCUGAGCUGUUCAUGUUGUCUUGUCUCAAAUUCUAAGGCUGAUGAUAAGAUAAGGUAAGAAAAGAAGAACUUUAUUUAUCCCCGAGGGGAAAUACAAGCAGUCAUAGUGUCAGCACAUAGAUAGAGAGAAUUAGAAGUGAACCUCUGUGACAGAUACAGUUGAGAGAUGCCAUCUGUUGCAGAAGAAGGUAUUUCACACAUCUGUUUUCAAUACACUACUGUCCACUGUGUUUCUCCUCCAAGGUUGCAUUCCACUCUAAGUGAGGCACAGUUCAGCCUAUUAGCAUUAGCUUCAUGUUGACCUGCGAGUAUUAAUAGAUAAAGCGCUAAGCUCCCUUUUUUUGUAGAAGCAAGUGUUUUAUAUCAGAAUAUUUAGUUUGGGAUUGGGAUCUGUUUGUUGUAGCAGUUUGACUUUGCACUUUGUCAGAGUUCAGUGGCAGCAAGUGUAACAUUGAAAGAUAACUUUGAUUUUUCAAACUCUUUGAAUAGCAUGGCACAGAUUUUCUUUAAAAGGGCCACCAUGACCUUCAAUUUUCGGACUUGGAUGCAUAAAUCCAUUAUUUCCAGCAGAUAUCUCAAUUUUUUCAUCUACAUGAUUUUAUGUCAGUGCAUCAAUGGAAUUCCAGCCUGGAAGUGAGCUUCAAUAACAGACAAGGUUGAAUGUUUGAGUAAAAUGGACACAGGGAAAUAAAUAAAGGAAAAAAGAGGCCUUGGCAAAACUGGAAGAAGACAGCUGGAUGAAGUCUGGGCUCAUCAUUCAUUUUUUCUUGGUGUCUGUUCUCCAUUCUCCCCUGCACAUGUUCAGUAACGUGAGCGCAUCUCUUUGUUUAACUUAAGAUGCUUCUGCCUUUCCUCCAGCUGACCUGACACUUUCUUCAGGUUUGACGGAGGGCUCCUCUUGAGGAAGGCGCCGUACACGAGCUUACCCUCACUUGCAAACACAAGGAUUGUUUUUUACAGUCUGGAAUGACGCCAGGUCAUCCACCAAACCACAUGGUCCCGAAAACAACAAGGCUAUCCAAGGAUAGAAAUCUCCCACAGACAAAGAGAUGAGUGUUUGUGCGAAUUUAUGAGGGCGGUUUUAAUUAUUGUAUGUGUUUAAAUGACUGAGUACAAAAGAUUCUGCUUCGUAGUACAGUCAGCAGUCUACAAAGGUUAUGAUGUUUCUCUAGUACAAUACAAGAGUUAAUUUAAGUUGAUACAAACACUGAAGUUCCUGAUUAUGUGGGAAAUGUUGGACUUCAUCGUCUCACAAACAUACAUGGAAAUAACCUUUAGAUCUGCUUGGACAACCUGGGUCAAAUGAGCUAAAUAUGCUUGACGUAGGAUUUCUAGCAAUAUCUCUUCCCUCUUGGCUUCUGCAGGUGACUGAGAAAGGUAGUGUUAAAGAGUGUUGUUUAGGGUCAUGAGGCUCACCUGGUUAUGAGAGGAAUGUCCUCUUGUUCCAACAGGCCCCUGUUAUGUUGGGAACCUUGACCGUCUGACAACAAAACCUUCUGAGGCUGCUGUUGAAGCGCUCAGGUCUCGUAGGUUAACAGUUAUACAAAGUUCGAACAGUGACACAGUCGACGAGGUCAGACUCAUAGACUGUUUAAUUAGACACCAUGCUGGGUGAAGCCUCCCUAAGAACAUCGCCCCCUGGUGACUGAUUGCAGUAGAGGUCAUUUACCUCACCUCUUCCUGCAAAAUAAAGAAAGUUAUGGACAAACUUCAGACAUUUAACACAAGUCGUAUAAAUUUUUCUCCCCCCUGAUUGCAAUGUUGACUUGUAGUUAUUGUUAGACUGGUUUGUGCUCAAGUCCUCUUAUUUCUGUGCAUCUCCGUUUUUAAAAGUUAUCAGGGGUUAUAGGGACUUAGCAUAGACGGGCAUAGAGACUGUUCCUUUUACUAAAGGUGGAUGAUUUACAAGCCCAACAAGUAAUGGAUCAUAUCUUAAUUUGUAGUAUUUAUGAUGAUAUUUUGAGCUACUUGUAUAAAAGUACGCUGACAAAUUUUAUAUAAGACGACAAGUGGAACGUACUUUGUCUACUCACAAGCUUGGGUCGGGACAGGGGGAGAAGUUUUUGGCGUACGAAUGUUGUGUAAGACAUUCGAGGGGUACGCUAUUUCAGCAAAGUGUCACCACAGCGAUUCUCCCUACUUCUUGCUACUGCCCAAAUGCCGGUUUCAGGAAAUGGAGAAAAUCACAGAAUUAACGGGAGCAAUUUUGCUUCUUAUUUGUACAAUCGUGACGGGAGGCGGAGUCACGCCGUCUGUUCCAUAUAAAGUCCACGGUCAGACCUCAGGCGCCCCCCUCCCUCGUUGCCCCCUAGCUUUGCUCCUGCACCUUCCCACACAGCUGAGAAAUGGAACAGGAGCAGGUAUCUGUCGCUGGACAAAGACCAGCACCAUCCUGCUCUGGUUAAAGAGUUAACAUAAAGUUUACAGCAUUAGCUCAUGGAAAAAUUUGGAAGUUUUAUGGACUAAUAUGGUCAAAGAGGGCUUUUAAUUGCGUCUUCCCUUCAUGCUAGAAUAGAUGGUGAGAAUGAAGGAGAGCAGCUGCUGCAGAGGCCUCUGGUAGUCUGUUUGGAAAAGUCAAGGAUGUGUCAAAAUAAAUAUACUAUUCUGUGUGUUAGUAAGAGUGAGCUGCUGUGUACUUUGUCCCACAUAUGACCUCAGAGACCUUGUCUUUGAGUGCACCGCAAGCCUCUGCACUUGCGUCGCUACCUUUGAAAUUAAAAACAUUCAUCACCUUUGUUGUCCCAUCAUCCAUCAAUCAAAUAAAUUAGUUUUUAUGUGUUUAGGCAACCUUGAGACGUGGCUAUUUUGGGUAUAUAUUAUUUUUGUGCAUUAAAGUGUUACAAUAUUUUUUGAGAAAUUUAAAGGUUUAUUAUUUAUUAAAACAGCACAAAGAAGUGACCAAAAUGGGAUUGAGAAAGCUUAAGGUACAUCACAAACUGUUCUCUUUAAAUCUGAUGCUCUCUAGAAAGAGUUCUUUUCAGUAAGGUUCUGCUUUUUCAUGGAAGAGGUCAAACAGAUUCGCAGUUUUUGACUGUUGCUAACCAAGCAUCCUGACCCAGUUAAAAUUGAUUCCCAAUUGGUUAACUAUCGGUUGCGUUUCGUCUUGGUUAACCCUCUGACUUAAAGCGAAAGACUGGGAAAGGUCACAAAGCUCUGGUUAUGAUCAGUGAGCUGCGCUGGUCACCGAAAACAGACGUCCAAAAAUUCCUGCAGGUCAGCACAGCAGCCUCUGUGGUCAUGAUACUUGGCAUCACAGCUCAGCACAGCAGGGAGGAAGACUGUCAAGCUGCUUUUGCGACACGCUGAUGGCUGUGUCCUCACAGUCAUCUGGACACAACAUCUUUCUUUGCCUUACCUCAGAGGGAUCUCUUGCUCGUAAUUUCAUUAUUCCUUCUUAGACUCCAGCCAGCAGACCUGAAAGAACUCCCUGACAGCUGUCUCUUCUUUCUCUCUGUACGUCUGAUCAAAUUAGAUGUUUGCUACAGAUCAAACUUCGAUUUCUGCUGCAAGAGUCAAGGUUUAUUUUGUAAUAGUCUCACCUGUUGUUUUAGUUAUUCUUUCUGAAAUUUACAAUUUAAUAAACUAUCAUCUAUAAUGUUUUAAUGCACUUCAUACAUGUCCAUGCAUAAUGUGCAUAAAUCAGCAGUUAGACAAGUAAGCUAGCUUUCAACACUGAAUUAAAACAGUUAUCAGCAUCAUGAUGUCUGGUUGUUGCAUGGUUGGCGGUCAGAACCAACUUUGUGAAUAACAGAGUGAAUAAUAUUGACAGCUAAAAUUUCAUAGUUCAUGGAAAAAGUCAAUUUAAGCCCCUUUUAUGACUAAGCCAACCGUUUCAUAUAGAGAAGUUGAAAUUAGAAUCAGCUAGUUAAGAGGUAGCAGGUGAAAACAAUGGAAAUGAUUAUCACCCAUGUAUUUGGCUUGGGAGGAUGUCUGAUUUCAACACUCAAACUCUUGGUAUUUGACGUCUUAUGCAGAGAAACAAAUGAGAGCCUCAGCUGACUCGUAUCCUUUAUCUUUCCCUCGUGUAAAUUUAAGCUAGUCUGAUUAAUCGUUAAGCAAAUUACUGGCCUUUUAACAAUCGCCAUCAUAUUGACAUCAGCUGGACAGAUAUUCCAAAGUCCCUUGUGGCUGCACUGCCCCUAUUUUUGGGCUCAAUAUCAAUAUAUAAAAAACUUACCUAAACUAUUGUGUUUCCGAUUUGUCAGUAUAAAUAAAUAGAUUUAUUUUAUCAAAUGCUAACAACAACAAAUGUGACAUCAGCGUUACACUGUAUGUCAGCCAUCAGCUUACCUGUCCUUAACAUUAGGGCUGCAACGAUUAGUUGAUGUCUAAAAAAUCGAUAAUAAAAAAAGUCGACCAUGAAUUCCAUUGACGAUUAUUGUUGCCAGACGUGUUUUUUCCAGUGGAGUGAGACAUCUUACGUCAUUACGAUCUCUACCUAGAGUCACGCAUGUGCAAUAGCUUCUCUGCCGAGCGGUAGGGUAUUCAAACAUGGCAGCACCAUACAGCAGCUCCAAAGUUUGGGAGCACUUUAGCCUAGAUAAGGUGGGAAAAAAAAUAACUUGCGAGGUUUGCAAAGCAGAGAAGAAAAAAUUCAUAAUUAUCUGAUUAGUUGACUGAUCAUUUCAAUAGUCGGUGACUAGUUGACCAUUAAAAUAGUCGUUAGUUGCAGCCCUACUGUCCAUUAUUGGUAUGGGCUUCAGCUUCAACUGAUAUUAGUCAACCACUAUUGUACAUACAGGGUUAAAUUAUAAUUCUCUUUUCUUAUGGUCAUUGAGAAAUGUCACUGAAAACUAUGAAAGUCUAACUAUUGAUGGUAUGAGGUGAGGUCAGAGAACCAGAGAUAUUGGUUAGCAUUAUUGGGGUCUGUUAAAAUUCAAGGAUUUCUGCCAACACAUACUAAAACACACUACAGCAUUUGUGAAUCUACCAUAUUUGCAGCUGGUGGGAUAAGACUCUGUUAUGUGCUCAACCCUCCUCUUCAAUGCUGUUCAUUUUUAACAGCUGAUCACUGUGUAUUUUUAUCAGUGAUGAAGAGGCAGGGUGGCUGAAGCAACAAACAUAUUUUACAUUACUGGCAAAAGUGCAGCUGCUACAAACCAAAGCAAAUGUGUAAUCAUGUCUGCUUAGUCAGAGCGCCAGACCAGGAGAGAGCGGAGAUGGUUAUCAGAGUGACUCAAGUGGCGUAUGUUUCAGUUUGACGUGGACUACGUGUUGUAAAUCUCUCCUGUCAUUUAAAAAGACACACACACACACACACACCUCUUAAUGACUUAACAAGAAGUCCUGCUUUUACUAUUUCAACAAGACUGCUGAGCAGGUUCUAACUAACACACCUACCUCUCAGGUUGUAUACCUCUCAGUGUGGUCAUUGUAAACACACCCCUCUAAUCAUUGCUCACAGCAAUUUCAGAGGACAUUUGAUGCUAAAAAGGAGGUGAGAGGAGAUGACUUCACCAUUCCUGACAAAUUAUGGUCUCCAUUUCAAGCUUCACACCCUCACAGAGACCUAUUGUGUAUAGGCAUUAAUUAAUUCUCUUAUUGCCUGAACUGAAACAGGUUAGAGUCAUUAAUGUUGUCCUUGUUGAGCCUUGAUGGGAAUUGCACUGUGGUUGCUGGUGUGUUACAAUACUGAAAAUAGAACUUGGUCUAUUAGAAGUGCUUCUGUGCUCCAAACUUUGUGAAAAACCUGUCAGGAAUAAACAUUGUCAGUGUCAGUGGAAGAGACUUAAUUCUUCUGAGUGAAUUGAAAUUGGAUUUCAUUUUGAAAACUCUGUGUUUUAUUUCUGUCUGCCCACAGUAAUCUCUGACGUAGGCCAAACUCUGAGGUGGAGGAGGCUAUCAAGAGGCCGUGGAGGAGCCUCCCACCCUCCCAACCUGACUAGGCCUGACGCACUGGACGGCCAUGGCUCCUCGGAAACGUGGCGGCGCCAGCCGGGGUGGUGGCCUCUCCUUCAUUUUCUGCUGUUUCAACAACAGUGAUCACCCAGAGAUCACCUACAGGUUGCGGGAGGACUUCGCCUUGCAGGCCAUGGAGCCGGCACUUCCGAUGCCAGGAUAUGAUGAACUGGACGGCAUGUUCUCCGAGUUGGUGGUAAGACUUAAUUCUGCUUUUACCUCUUGAGGAGAUAUAGAGCAGAUUGGAUAUAACACUUGGAAAGAAGGCUUUGAUUUAUCUUUCAGUACUUAUAUAACAUAAAUUGAUUUAAAUCAUGAAACAAUGACAUAUGAUGGCACAUGCCAGGGCAAAACCUUCAGGUACAAAGCAAUCAAAAUUAUUUAACCCUCAUUCUAUUUUAGGUUAAUUGGCAACAUUUUUAAAUUUUCAGGUGUUAAAAAUUAACAGAUUACACAAAAACCGUUGGUAUUAAAUGUUUCAGCAGUUUGAGCCUUGAGCUCUUCUGUUGGAUCAGAUCUUUUCUGCUAGUUCAUUGGCUUUCCUCCCUUGGACUAUUUUACUGAGCGCUGCAGUCUGUGAAUCCCACAGAAGAGCUGCAGUUUUGGUGAUACACCAACCCAGUCAUCUAGUCAUCACAAUUUGGCCCUCAUCAAAGUGACCCGCAUCACAUUCUGCUCCAGCAGCCGCUUGUUUGUGGGGGAGCCCUGACAAGGCAAUCACCGAGUGCAGCGGAGUUUCGCAGCUUAAGGAAGAACAUUUAUGAUUAUUACUUCAUGAAAAUGAUCCGCUGCACUUGAUGUUUGACUCGUCAGGGCUCCACCACAAACAAGCGGCAUAGUGGGUGAGUUGUGUUUAGUCUCUUUGCUAAAGAAAUCAGGCAAAGCUAAAAAGAUGUUUGAUGGCUAGUACUAUGGCUGGGACCCUAUAUGUACUGUUGAUGAAGUUAGGUACUGUUCUGAGCAUUAUUUGUGACCAUAGAGUGGCUUUUUGGUUGAGGUUUGCUCAUGGAGAUGUAGACCACUGUGUAUUGCUAUUGUGUGGUUGUUACUAGAGUUGGUAAAACUAGAGAAGCAAGCAGCCGGCAACAGGGGUAGUCUAACUCGGUGUUCCAGUUUGCUUGACCAUAACUUAAAUUUACGCUGGAAUAUCCCUCUAAGUUGUUUUUAUGUUUCUGUCAGACUCCUUCUAAAACCUUGUACUGGUCUCAGCCCUUUAGUAUCCAUACAGAAGUCUGUGGGUAUUUCAUGUCAUACUCUAUAAUCCAGCAUUUCCAACAGCACUGAGCAUUAUCAAUGAAGCUCUAUGGAAGACUGAAAUACUUGAAACUGAAAACACUUUCCUGGAAAUUCUGAGAAAAUAACUCAGAUGUUAGUUAUUUUCUGUGCAUGUGUAAAACCUAGCGCCUCAGAUAUCUUAAUAUAUUAUUAAACGUAGACAGUCUAAAAUGUAUGUCAUAACUUCACUGUCUAUUACACUGGAAAAGAACCACAAACAAGCCAUCACUUCCUCCCAGUUUACACUAUCUUGAGUGUAAUGGGGCCACGCUGCCACUCUCUCUCUCUCUCUCUCUCUCUCUCUCUUUCUCUCUCUCAUUGUCACUUCUAAUUUGUCGUGCCCUCCUCCCUGUCCUGCCCCAUUUUCCUGUCCCGCGGUUGCCACAGUAAUCUAAGCAUGACAAUUUUGCACAUCAAUAGACCUCAUUCAGGAACUCUUAGAGUCUCGGCCUACUCCAUCUGCUAAUUGCUUGUUUUUGUCCACCACCCUUUAUAGAGACAUAAUUGAGUGAGUUGAGUGUAACGACAAGGAGUCUUUCAGUUGCUCUGUUUACUGAAAAAAAAAAAAAAGGACAGCCACGUGCUUUUCUUUCACUCAGUCGGAGCCACCAUGUGCGUGUAUAAUUGCUGGAAAAAGUUGUAAAAAUGGGUUUAGACCACCUGCUCUGUUAUGAUCAAUUACACCUGACCUUUAACCUCCAGACUCAUUUGAAGAGUUUUCCAAAAACCUGUUAGUCUGGUUGAAGAUUCUUUUUCCAUCGGACAUCAGAGAGACAGCUGUUGUUGCUCAGUGUUUAAAAAAAACAUGAACAAGAAAUCAAUGGCAGCAAAAAGCAUUAAAGAUCAAAGAAAUCGAUGAAAUGUAUAACCUCAUGAGCUUCCUUUUUUCCACUUUGGUUACUCAGCAGUAUGCAUGUGGAUCUGAUUUUACGUACCAAUCAAUAGUCCACACUGCCUUAUUUUGACAUAUGGGCAGUGCACAAACUGGCCCACUAUAGCUAUGGUAAAACAUCGUAGCAGACCGUUUUCUGAGUAAAUGUCUUUUAACAUUUAGCACUGAGUGUACUGGGUGAACUCCAUCUCUCUUUGUUGCUAAAACAGCACCAAAGAGAGGCUAACCUGCUGUAUCAUCUCUAUUACAAGAUUUCUUUAAGACUUUCUCAUGAAACUACUGAACUACUAUUUUCUUUAUAGAGCUCAUUUAAGUACGAAUUAAAGCUUGAAGCUGAUGGUUAUCCUCUCAAAUUGUGAAUUCCUUGUCCCCAAAUCAGGUAAUAAAGAUUAAAAGAGCUGUUGUUGACUUUAGCCCUUCUGAUAUGCUUUAGCCGAAACAGAGACACUCACAGAGUUCUGAAAUGUUCUGUACUAUUUACUCCAGCAGUUCCAAGCAGCACCCUUUGUGUGCCCCCGUGAAAUAUUGGUAAUAUAUUUGGACGCAUGUUGUCUCCAGAUGUUACCACAUGUCAGGCAGACAGGCCACGCCUCAGCUCCUUCCCUCCAUUACUCACAUGUCUGAAGUCUGUGAGACCUGAUCUGAUUUAGAGUCCUCUGAAAUUUACGACAAAAGCAUCCGCUGAUAUCUGACUGAUAUGAGGAGAUUUAGCGCAAACAGAUUUUGAAUUGGGCCAAGCUAUAAUGCAACUUCCCGAUGCACAUGUUUUUAUUUUGGAAAAAACAAAGUUGAUUUAUGUUUACUUCUACGUUUGCAACAUUGAUAGCUGAUAGCGUGUGCAUCUCGUCAAUCUGUGCUUUAGGGAAGAGGAUCUUCUCUAUGCAGUCUCCCAUGAAGGAUUGUGAAGAAACCAUAUUUCCUUCUUACAACAUCUCUCACCCUUGUCCCCUUCCCCCCCUCUCUCUCUGCAGGAUGAGCUCGACCUCACAGAGAAACACAGGGAGGCCAUGUUUGCACUGCCUGCAGAGAAGAAAUGGCAGAUCUACUGCAGCAAAAAGAAGGUAAAAGAAGACUCACUGUGUGUUAUGUCAAACUUCACAUCAGCCUCCACACAUUUGCUGCCAACAGGACUGGCCGCUCAUCCUGAACAAUAUCUGCAGAUAUCUAACCUGCCAAGUUUGUGUGAUCUCUCCUCCAUGGUUUGUUGAUACUCAGAGCUGUGCGCUUUCAAGAGCUGUACCUCACUGUAACUCUGCUCACAACAGGCUCUAGCAUGUGAAUGUUUGUCUGAGGAGAGUAUCAUAAAGGAAUGUGGGUGAUUAUUUUUUUCAUUUCAGCCUCUAAAAUGGAAAACGCACACAUUUAGGGCGCAAUUCUAGAUGUGUAAUGAGUGGGGCAAGCUAUGUCUAUAUUUCUCCCUGGGUCCUUUAAUACAAACAGCAGUUGUGCUUAAAUUUAAAUAUAGUACUCCAAAAAUUGAUUUUUAGCAUUGUUUAUUGUUAUCAAGUUGUUGUAUUGCUUGUUGUUUUAUGUAUUUGAAAUAUGGGCCAGACCUGGAAUGACAAAUAUAUGAUUAUUUAGAUCUUGAUGUUUUAAAAUCUUUGGUUUCUGUGCUUAAACAGAGAUAAUAACAGAGAUAAUGACCCAGUUUGCCGCUUAGUCAGGAGGAGUAGUUUUUAUUCUUAUUUUUAUUGAUUGCGCCCUUCUCGGAUGUUGUCCUUAAUCAAAAUAUCUGGAUAAAAAUAUACCAAAUGGAAUCCAAACCAUGUUUAAAAAUGAAAAAAAAAAACCCUCUCUUGCCAGUUCUUUGUCUUUUAAGACUGGGUCAUGUUAAUUUUUUAUAGCUGACCCCUUCACCAUAAUUCCAUCUCCGCUACCCCCCCUUAUUCCUUUUUUAUACAACUGGGUUUUUCAAAGCAUGUUUUAAAUGUUGUAAUGUGAAGGCCUCUGCACCGGACCUCCCACACCUGGUGGUAUUAUUGGUUUCAGCAGAACUUUGGCUAAAGAGAUGCAGAGCUUUCAAGUCUUACUCCUCUCGAAUCAGAGUGGGACAUUUUCAAACUGAUGCCAAUGUUAAAAAAUGACACUCACAUUCAAGAAGAGAAACUAUAUAGAAGGCAUUGUACUCUGUUAAACAUAGUACACCUAAAACACCCUUAAACUACUUUCUUUUCUUUCACAUUCUUCAUUAAAAACAACAUUCGCUCAGCCUGAUCAGAGGUCUGUGAGGAUGAUUCAUUUACAUGAGUGCUACACAAGCUCUAAAAAUAGCCAUGUGUGGAGGGAGUAUAACGAAACUAAAUCCACCCUUUCUUAUUAAAUCAUCCACUAACACAGAGGAGAGAGUUUGGAUUUAAAAAAUACUGAAAUAGAAUAGUAACAUGUUUCUUGUGACUCCAAUGACUGUAAGCUCCAUAUGCUGGGCUUUCAUACUUGAUUGAAUCACAAAGAGGUUUUCUUUGACACCAUGUGGUUUCUGCUUUUAGAUGAUACACCUGUCCCGUCAAGGCAUUUGUGUAGCCAUAACAUACUGAGAUACCACCCCGCAGCAGUGUCAUAUUUCAUUAUGCCUUCUCUUCGUGAUAAAAGGGCUGUCAGCUGUUUUUCUUCUCCCCUCUCAGCAUGCAGGAAAAAUCAAAACGCCAGCUCUAAAUCCAACUUUAGCUUUGCUGAUACACACUAAUAUUUUCAUACAAUAUUCUCCCCUGACAUCCAUGACGACUGGGGAGUGAGCGUAAAAGUUUACUUAUCUUUUCCCACAGAAGCUUGUAAAAUGCUCGGACUGUAUAGACCAAUCAGACGAACCACCAUAAUUAUGAUUGUUCACUUUUACAUUUAUGUUCAUCUUAAAUUUUCUUUUAAUAAUAAUGUAGGCGACCCUGUGGAAUAACCUGUCAGGUGAUUAAGGCACCUUCAUUACCUAGCUGUGUAACAUUUUUAAUCCAGCAAUCCCACACUGUUGUCAUUGACUGUAGACAGCAGCAGAUGCUGAGUUGCCAUCGUGGUAAUGGCUGCUACACAAGAUAGUGUUUUACUCUAUAACAUGUAUGCAAUGUCAGAGAUGCCCCCAAUGAUCUCUGAAAAGGUGUCAUAAAGCAAUAAAUCAGUGGUAGUCAUCACAAUAGAAAUUCUGACUCCAAGUAACUUCAGGUAGGGAUGGGCGAUCAAUUAUCAUUCACAAAUUUAUCGUCAGAAAAUUCCUCCAUGAUAAACAUUUGUCAUCUCAUGAUAAAUACGAUAAAUGCAAGUUGAUGAAGUAAGCGCGAGCAACGGAUUCACAGCCAUAGCCCACACAGAGCAGAAUAACAAACAAACAUGGCCAAAGGUAAUGAAGAAGACGUUUCUGAGCAGCUCAUUGCUGAAUGAGGCUCACCUCUUUUAAGUGAAUAACUUACUGAAAAAGUUCACCUCCCACAUGAUUGUCAUGAGUAAAGAAAUGAGGCCAAAGAGAUUUAAAAAGAAAGUUUGCGUUUUUUUUUAUUUUAUAUAUAUUUUUACCAGGCAAUGAACAUGUUUCAUUCUGCUGUAAAAAUGGGCUUCCCAACAUGAGACCGAAAGGUGUCGAUCAGAGUUUUUGAGCCAGCCUCAAGUGGACUCUGGAGGGACUGCAGUUUGUUUAUUUUUUUCUCUUCUCAGAAAAUUGGCCUCACUUUUGGUUAUGUGUGAUGGACAGUUGUCAUGUCAGUGUUCAGGUCUUGAUGCUUUGGGAUGAUCUUGGUGAUGGAGUGUUCACUUGCUCAGAUUUCAAAUAUCAAGUAAAACAAGUGUUGAUUCUUCAGUGUUAGUGUAGAGAGUCCGAUGUCUCAAGAUUUACACAUUUCACACUUAUGUUUGUUAUAUAAACAUAAACUUGACAUCUCAUCACUUUUUUUGUUUGACAAUAGACAUAAAAUACUUAUGAUACAACAGCAUCACUAAAGAAACAGUUAGACGUUUUGGUAAAAUCAGUAACUCACCUUACUGCCAAGAAUCAGAGGAGAGGCGAAGGCUGUAGAGUGUCACUAUGCCAAGAACCAGUCCUGCAUUAUGACUCCCUGUGAAGCACCAUUUCAUAUCCUUACAUUUGUGUAUAAACUAAACAAGAUAGAACAUUAUGAUUAAUGAGCUUUGGCGGUGCUGUUAGGUGGACUUUGUUACUUUUGGGGUGGAGCCAGGCUAGCUGUUUCCUCCUGUUCGCCGCCUUUGAGUGAAGUUAACCGGGUUGGUGAUUGAAAAAAUAACUUAAAAGCUAUAUUUUUAACUGUUAUUUCACAGAUUUGCGUGUUUAAUGAUGUGUUUCGAGGGUGAAUAAAGUCAUAUAUAGAUGUUUUUAUAAUAUCUGGUUUAUUCUGCUUUCACAAAGUGUCCACUGACCAGCAGCGGUGAUGCAAGUGAUAAUGAGGGGAUGAUAGAAAUGAAAAUGAAAAACACUCAUUCUAAGUUCUCUCACGUCUGCCACGUCCCAAUUAAUGACCUUAUUCUGAGGAGCCUCAUGAGUUCAAAAGUUGUGUAGCCUCUGUUCAGUUUCUUGGGGUUGUGUGUGUGUUUUGGUGUGAAGGUUUUUGAUGGAUCCAGAUCUUUUCCCUUGAGGGCGGAAAGGAGAGACAGAAAUAUCAAUAUUGCUGACUCGGCAGCAGGCCCUGGCCCCAUCCCAGACAGAUACAGCUCAGGAUCUGAGCUCAGAGGGGAAGGGUGUGUGUGUGUGUGUGUGUGUGUGUGUGUGUGUGUGUGUGUGUGUGUGUGUGUGUGUGUGUGUGUGUGUGUGUGUGUGUGUGUGUGUGUGUGGCAAGGGAAGCAGACAGUUGUCCAAGGCAAACAGGAAGGCUUCACUUCACAGGUGCAACUUUUGUGUGUGUGAGCAGGAGGAGGGCCUGGGGCUGAUAAGGAGGAAUGAGGGGUUUUUGUCAGGGUUGCCAGGAGCAAAAUAAAACAACAUGAAACUAUGAAAUUAAAACCGUAUUUAAUCAAAAACGAUGGUCUCGACUGGAACAGAACAGAUACAGUUGUCGAAACUGUGAGGCCAAGGUGCCACAUGAAUAAAACAGCAACUUUCCCUUCAUACAGUCAAACACUGCUGACGUUUUUAACUUUUGAUCUUUUGUCUUCAGGUAUUCAAACAUAAACUAGCGUGAUUCCUGCUAGUCACUGAUCCAAGAAAAGGUUGUCAACUUGUUCAAAUUAGUUGUUUUUUUUUGGAUUGACUAAAUGUUCAAAUUACUGUCCUCGCUCAUUGUUGUUGCACAUGUAGCAGCUCAGGUCAUUAUCAGGCCACUGAUGUCAGCCAGGCCAGGAGGAGAUAAGUCAGUCAAAGCUCGAGCUGUUUUGUUUGGCCUGGCACCUGCCCUGAUGAAAUCAGGCUGCAGAGAAUCAAUCCUCUUCCUCCUUCUGGUCAACUCUCUUCUUGGCAACUCAUCUGCCAUGAAGCAGAUUUACUAACCCUGUUGUUAGCAGAGAUUUUUCAGUUGAGUAUCAGAUUUCAUCCAGACAAAAAAAUCCUUUCAUUUGUAGGGAUGGGAGAAAAAAUCGAUACAGCAUAGUAUUGUAAUAUUUUGUCCGGUGAUAUAUUGUAUCGUCUCAUUUACCAAAUAUAGGUCUUUUUUUUUUUCAAGUUAAUUGCUAAUAUGAAGUCAAAUCUUUGAUAAUGGAAAAAUAGAAUCAACAGUAUGUUCAGUGAGGUUGGUAGAGGGGACAUUAUAGAGCAGGAGAAAGUUAGUACAACAAAUAUAUAUAUGAGGUUUGCAAGAUGUGCUACAUGAAAAUAAAAUACAGCGUAAAUCAGACAAACAUAAAGAAAAGCCAAAUGCUUAAUUAGCUAAACAGUUGAAAAAAGUUUAUAAUCGCAAUAUAUUGUAUCACAAUACUCACUGUAUUGCAAAAUGUAAAAAAUCGCAAUAAUAUCGUAUUGUGGUUCAAGUAUCGUGAUAAUAUCGUAUCAUGAGGACACUAGUGAUUCCCACCCCUAAUUAUUUGUGAGGGUUACAGCACUGUAGCUUAACUGAACUCUAAUAAUUCAGAUAAGUUUCUGUGUGGAGUCCAGUCUUUGAUCUUCACUUUGUUAAAUGUGGGAAAAAAUGAACCCCCAGGAAUACAACCCUAAAUUUCCUCUACCAUCACAACCCUAAAUAAACCAGAGACAUCUCAGUGUUUGAAGAGAACUGGCUCCCACUUUGAAAAAUGAACUCCUCGAGAUGCUACAGGAAGUAGUCCCACCUCUGCUCCUUUAAUGGACUGAGCUCCCAGCUCUCACCCAACAAAACUGGCACUGGUCUUCAGUGGAACAGCAGGAUCAGACCUUCCUGUCACUGCACGAUCCCUGCAGCCCGGCCAAGGCCAACAGUCUCUUCAGCCAAGUCUCUGCAGGCCGUUUGAUUUACUGAUGCCCAAUUAGUUUCUGAUGGUCACAGCGAGUUCUGCUUAAUGGAGCAAGGGUUAAAUUAAAAGCUGGGGGACCAAGUUCAUGGUUCAGUCAUUUUCUCCAUAGUUUCCUUGAGUUACAAUUUAAUCACCUAAGAUUUCAAAUGUCCUGCAGUUUUUUUUCCCCUUCCCUUUCCCCUUUUUCUACUUGUAAUACAAGCGUGCCUGUGAGGAGAUUAAUCGUAGCAUAAACCAGAGAAUGACCCUAAUCCACAGUUUCAACAUUCAUUUGCUAAUUUCCCAAGAUUUUCUCAAGCAGCUGUGCUCUCUUUUUUUCUGCACUUCUCACCACUGCCUGAAAGCCAGUGAGAGUAAAACGGGCUGGAUAUCUGUGUCGUCCUACUUUGGACUUCCUGCUCCAUUUCUGGCUCUAUUUAUGUCCAAACCUCUGUUCCACGUGUGUUUGUGUCUUUUUGUGUGUCAAGCUUGUCAUUCAGAAAAAAAAAAAAGACUGCAUUCAGUUUUCCAUUUGUUGUGUGCUUAAACUUUGAUGUUUCACACAUGAAGCUCAAUCCAAAUAUCACCUGUUCAUCUUCAUGCUACUUUCUGCAGUGUUUCUUUCAGGGAUAUGUUCUUAUGUAAAGUUUCGGUAAUCCAUGUUGACUCUUCAUGAGCUGAUCAUUAGCUAAUCUCUUGUUUCAUACACUUCUACUUCCUGUACUUUACAUGCAAACGCUAACAAGUGUUACACAGCAUCAGUAAUGCUCUGUUUUUUCUCUAUUUUUCAGGAACAAGAAGAAAACAAAAGUGCAACUAGUUGGCCAGAGUACUACAUUGAUCAGCUUAAUUCAAUGGCAGCUGUAAGUCAUAACUUGAACCGUGUUUUUUAGAGUGAGAUCGAAUCCCUGUUUCUACUCUGGUUGUUAUUUUCUAGAGACUAAGUCCAGGAUUGAAAAGUGAUCUAAGACUAACUCUGAGUUUAAAAGAAAGUUUUUCAACAUUUUGUCAAAAAUGAUGCUUUCAACUCAAGAAAAUCAUUGAAGCCCAUGUGAGGCUUUAUUUGCUGUUCAUAAAAGUGACAACAAUUUGAGUAGUUGCUUUAGAUUAAUAUAUAUUGAAGCUACAACCACAAACAGACAGUCAUUGAUAGGAAUGUUAUUUUCAUUGUGAUUUUUUAUGCCUGGAACCACUACUGUUAGGUGUUGACAGAGAGAGUUACAGCCCAGUGCAAAAGCAGAUUUUUUAAAUCACUGCAUACAUUCAAAGUGAGUGAUUCAUUAAACUGUUAAAAGAAAGAAGUUCUAAUGUACAGGACAAAAUCAGUCAUACAUUAGAUGUACUGCUUCACCCACGGCGAGUGCCAAAAUCAACAUCAACCAAAAGUUUGUUACAGGAGCUUUAAAUGAUACAAAAAUAUGAUUGUACUCAUGCUGCUGUCACCUCAAAUUCAACCACAGCUUUUAUCUAUCACACUGGCUGUCUUAGAUAAAAUUCAAUAGAAAGGUUAUUUUGUUUUUUUGUCUUGGCCCUCUGGGAUUUAUUUUCCUCGAGAGUAUUGUGUGUAAACCUUUGGAAAUCAAGAUUGUUUUCUCAGAAUCAGAUUUUUAAUAUCCGUCAUCUCUUGUCUGACAGAGGAAGACGCUCCUCGCUCUGGAGAAAGAGGACGAGGAGGAGAGGAACAAAACCAUAGAGAGCCUGAAGACAGCUCUGAGGACUCAACCCAUGAGGUGGAAAGAUGUUUCCCUCAUCUUUUCUUUCUCCUUCAUGCCCUUUGCAUUAAAUACUACCCAUCCUCCUCUCACCUCCCUUACUCUGUCUGUCAGUCAUACAGUUGCUCAAAACAUUAUGCAAAUGAGUCCUUGAAGCAUAAAACAGCAUUGAAGGGCACUGCUGUGUCGUUCAAAGAAAGGUCAUCGUCCUGAAUUUACAAUCAGGUGGAUCUACUGCAGUGUGAAGCAUUUUAACUUUCCCACUGAGAUGAUUCACUUACAGUAAAGAGAAAUCAAAACUGAGGAAUCUGAUGAUGACAGUAUACAGGCAAACACUGUAGCAUAUGUUGCAUUUGAUACUUGUUUUUCAUGUUUUAUAGUCAUUUCUGAUCCAUUAACAAAAGGACUACCAGAAAUACUGAGAUGAAGAUGACUUUUCUUUUCUUGCCCCCCUUUUAGGUUCGUGACACGUUUUAUCGAUCUGGAUGGCCUCACAUGCAUUCUGAACUUUCUUAAGAGCAUGGACUACGAGACCACAGAGUCUCAGAUCCACACGUCUCUGAUCGGCUGCAUCAAGGCUCUCAUGAACAACUCGCAGGGCCGGGCCCACGUCCUCUCACACUCUGAGAGCAUCAACAUCAUCGCUCAAAGCCUGGCCACAGAGAACAUCAAGACUAAGGUGGCUGUGCUGGAGAUCAUGGGUGCAGUGUGUCUGGUCCCUGGUGGACAUAAGAAAAUCCUGGAGGCCAUGCUGCACUACCAACGCUUUGCUUGCGAGAGGACAAGAUUUCAGGUCAGGGCAAAUCAAGAGCACGGCAGAGGUCUUAAAUCUGGUGCGGGUAUAACAAGUUCUUUAAAAAGUGACGUUGUGUGAAGAUGUUUUAACACCUGUAAUGACUUGUCACCCCUUAGACUCUGAUAAACGACCUGGACCGGAGUACAGGGCGAUACAGGGAUGAGGUCAGCCUGAAAACAGCCAUCAUGUCCUUUAUUAAUGCGGUGCUGAGUCAGGGGGCUGGAGAGGUGAGGUUUCUGUUUUGGAUGACUGAUUUUGCUUCUUUUUAGGGACACUUUAGAGACUUAGAAAAACACUGUUUGCUCAUAAAUGUGCAUCUUUUUCCAAAUAUAGACAAGUUUGGAGUUCCGUAUCCACCUCCGAUAUGAGUUUCUCAUGCUGGGGAUUCAACCUGUGAUCGAUAAGCUUCGUUCGCAUGAAAACUCAACAUUAGACAGGUAAGAUGCAGAACAGAGGGAAAAGCACUUUUUUUCUUAAAAGAAGUUGAGGCUUACAGAGGAUUUGCCUGCCACAAAGUAGGCCAGCCAAUGUGUGCUAAUCAGCUCAAAGAUCUUAAAUCAAAGACAAUAGAGAUUUAUUUGGCCAUGGUGUUUGAGCCAGAGAGCUUUUUUGAUGGUUAUUAACCAGAGAACACACAAACGUCCACAGAACUUGUCAUAUAUCUACAGUGCUCAGCAUAAACGAGCCUGAGUUGUCAGAAAACCUGUACUUUCCUUUCAAAAUCAACAUUUUCUAUGUCAGACUUUGAAACAAAACACUCCCCCUAUUUUUGGCCAUUGAUUGCAAACAGGAUUUUUUCAGUUGUAAACAAAAAGUAUUUUUUUCAAUAUAAAAUCAGGAUGCAAAAAUGAGUACACCCCUAUCAAAGUUCUAGGAGCAAAUCAUAUCACCCCUAUUUUCAUCUUAUGGGAAAUAAAAUGUUAUGUAUAACUCAGCUUUGUCAAAACUUUGUAUUUUUGCUCAUCUAGAUAUUGAGUAAUACAUUACUUUUAAUAGGGGGUGUACUGAGUUAUGCUGGGCACUGUAAGUCUUUCCUACUCCUAUUCCUGAGAUUAAAAUUUAAUGAUCAGGAACGUUCCUUAAGAUAAUGUAUGCCGCUCACUGUAUUUUAUUUCCACUGUCUAAAAAUACAUGUGACUUCCUCUCCAACCCACUACUUCUUCUCCUUCUCAGGCAUUUAGACUACUUUGAGAUGCUGCGUAACGAGGAUGAGCUGGCUCUGUCAAAACGUUUUGAGUCGGUAAGAGAGUAAAGAGGGUUCGUUGACAUUGCUCUCCCUGGAAAAAAAAAUGCAGAAAAUGUUUAAAGAGAGAUUGUUUGGCUCUUUCAUUUUUCCCUCAGGUACAUAUAGACACUAAGAGUGCCGGCCAAGUUUUCGAUCUUAUACGCAAGAAGAUGAACCACACUGAUGCAUACCCGCACUUUAUGUCUGUCCUGCAUCACUGUCUUCUUAUGCCACGUGAGUGUCUCUUAAGUUUACUUACUGUACCUCUGAAAACUAAAAAACACUGCAAAGAAACAGUGCUUGAAAAUGAGAUUAAAAGAUUGUGUUGGAAUGUGAUUAUCCUGAGAUAUUUUGGGGAUAAAUAAAGGUUGUAGUCGUAUUACUUUCACAAAAUACUCAAUAAAUCUGUACACUCUGGUUUGAGGCCAAAAAGAUAAGGCUGUUAACUUUGUUCUGAUUAGUCAGCCAGAAAUUGGAUCAGCACUUUCCCAGGCAUUAUGGAGUUGGCUGACUGAGAAUGCAGCACCUGAUCGGAGCUGGCCAGCUUUCCCGUGUUGUUUCACCCGAAAAUCAAGAACCACCAUACUGCUCCACUGACCUUAUUGUUUGAGGCUCACUUACCUUUUAAGUGACUUUGAAUUCAACCCCUAGUUACUCUUUAAACGCAUGGAGACAGUUUUUAACUCUACAGACACAAAAAGGAGUCUUUCAGCUGUACACUAUACCAAAUACAUGUAGGCUAGGUAGAAAAGGAAUCAAAAGAACUCAUUAUUUGGACAAAUAUCAAACACAAUGGGCUCUAUUCUCCGAUCCACUACUUACUAAACUUAAGGCUGCUCCUUUAUUUCCUGUCUUACAUUAUUGGACAAACUGAUUAAUCCAGGUGUGAUUGAUCAUUGUGACUAGUCAGUCACACCUGGAUUAAUCAGUUUGUCCAAUAAUAUAAGACAGGAAAUAAAGAAGCAGCCGUAAGUUCAGGAAGUAGUGGAGUUGUAGAGCCCAUUCAAAGACCCUGUUAAGUGGGGCUGCUCAAUUGUUGCAAACGUUAUAGUCAUGAUUAUUUUGAUUGACAUUUUGAUACUGAGACUGAUUAUUUAUAUCUUCAUUAGGUGCAUUUAUUCAUUCUGUAAAAUUUUUACACUCAUACUGCUGCAGCACAACACGUUGCAGAUACAGCAGUCCUGCAUUUCUGGGCAUCCUGAACUUCUUUGCACUUUCAAACCUUGUUGCACAUCAGAGCCAUUAAUGAUGGGGUUACCUUUUUCACAAACCACUCUGAGAGGAGAAGAGGGUAGGAGCUGGCCCUUUAAAUGAAUAUUAUAGUGUAAAUUAAAGCUAGGGUCAAACACACCGUAACAUUGACUUAAACACCCCCUCGAGAGAUGAUUGUUGGUGACUGCUUGCUUCUCUAGUUAUAUCAACUUUAGUAACAACUGCAUCAUGGCAAUACACAGCGGUCUAAGGAGCCAUGCGCCAAUGCUCAGAACAGCACCUAACUUCAUCAACAGUACAUGUAGGGUCUCAGCCAUAGUACUAGACACCAAACAUCUUUUUAGCUUUGUCUGAUUUCUUUAGCAAAAAGACCAAACACAACUCACCCACUCUCUUCCAGCAGCUGCUUGUUUGUGGGGGAGCCCUGACGAGUCGAUCACCGAGUGCAGUGGAUCAUUUCAAAUAAAAAUCAUCAUAAUAAUAAUUUUGCACUGCAGACAUGGUAGUUCUUCUGCUUUAGCAUCUUGGUCUGAUUGCAUUUUAUAAAGUAAUAAUCAUAAAUGUUCUUCCUUGAGUUGCAAAACUCGGUGAUCGACUCGUCAGGCAGCAUUCAUCUCUUGAGGGGUUGUCUAACUCAGUGUUACGGUGUGUUUGACCCUAACUUAAAUCUACGUCGGCAUAUCCCUUUAGGAGACAUAAAACCGUCAGUCCAUUGUCAAUACUGAGUUAGGCAACUGCCUGUACUAAAGGACAGUCCUCAGUAUACCAGAUUACCAGUCCAGCCCUGUACUUCUUCUCCUCACUGUUGAUUAAGUUUAAUGACCCUCCUUGGGGGCUUCAUUGGCCACAUACGACAAAAGAAUGAAUCACAGCCGGUGGCGCGGUAAUCAUCUUGUUAUUUUUUGUAAGAGGCCAAAAUCAUAAAUGAAAUAAAUUUGUUUAAGCAAGAGAUCAUGAGAUACAUGUACUUGCUCAUGCUGUUUGUGGUUUUACUUUGCUAUGUCACCAUAUCAGUAAUUGUUAUAAAUAAAUCUAUAUAACUUAUAGACAAGUUGACAACAGCACUGAUUCAGGGGUGAUUUUAAUGAUUUCAAAUGGUUUAUGUACACAGCUUCAACAAGUCUAUCUGAUUCUACAGAUUGUAGCACUUCCAUGGCAAUGACUUAUCAGUCACAGUCAUGUUUAGUGUUGGCCUGCUUAUUCUUCUUAAAUGACAUUUUAACUUAACAUCUCCAUAACAGUUGACAAGAUGAGGAGUGCAGACUUUUUCACCCAAGUGUUAACAGGCAGAGGAAGAAAAUUAAACCCAGGCUAAUGGAUCUCUCUUGCCCUCUUUCCCCAGACAAGAGGAGUGGUAACACGGUGCAGUACUGGCUGCUGCUGGACCGCAUUGUCCAGCAGAUGGUCUUGCAGAAUGACAAAGGACACGACCCCGACGUCACACCACUGGAGAACUUUAACGUGAAGAAUGUGGUCCGGAUGUAAGUCCUCCGGGAUAACCCCUCAACAGACUGACACAUGAAUGAGUGCAUGAAACAGAUGAUGCAGCUGCCAGAUUGAAGGAUGUGUUUGUGUUUCCUGAAAGUGAAAAGGCCAAAUGGUCAGCAGAGUUAUUUAUGCAGAAAUUAGUGUUCAUUAUGUGUUUGGCUCUUUCUGCAGGCUGGUUAAUGAAAAUGAGGUCAAACAGUGGAAGGAGCAGGCGGAGAAAAUGAGGAAAGGUUUGUGAGACUGAAUAUCUUUGAUUCAUAGGCCAGUUUAUAUGAAGUAUUGAUGAAUUACAUGGCGGUGUCUUUCAACACAGAGCACCAUGAGCUGCAGCAGAAGUUUGAGAAGAAGGAACGUGAAUGUGACGCAAAGACUCAAGAGAAGGAAGAUAUGAUGCAGACGCUUAACAAGAUGAAAGAGAAGUUGGAGAAGGAGAGCACGGAGCACAAGAAUGUCAAACAGCAAGUGGCCGAACUCACUACCCGACUGCACGAGCUCAACACUGUACGUACUUCAAAUAAAUCCUUACUGCAUGUUGAACAGAGCAGUUACUGAGUCCAUGAGGCAAAAAGUUUUAAUUAGGGCUGGGCGAUAUGGCCUCAAAUCAAUAUCGUGAUAUAUUGAGCAGUUCACCUCGAUAACGAUAAAUGGAGGAUAACUACUCCACAAGCUGCUCACCCCCUCCCACAUUGACUUCAUCUGUCUUUCCCUCUUUGAUACGGACUGGAUGGGGUGGAGUCGCGUCUCUGAUGUAGAACAGCGUCUUAAAGGGCCAUGAGACCAUAGUCUAUCUACAAACACCCAAAACCAACUUUAACUUGUUUAUUUUUUUUGACACCGAAUAUACUGAUAUGAGCAAAAUGACAAUGGUUAUUGACGUAAAUUUCAGUAUCUGUAAAUUUUCGGUCUAUCGCCCAGCCCUACUUUGGAUCAACCAUACCCUGUAAAGACCUCUUUAAGUGAAUCAUCUAAAAGUGUUUCCUUCAUCAGUCAAUACUCCCUCCGUUUUUCUUCUUCUUUCUCAGCAGCGACAAACAGCCGUCGUUCCCGGAGGCCCUCCCCUUGCCCCUGGACCUCCUGGUGGUCCCGUGCCCCCACCGCCUAUGCCAGGCAUUGGAGGCAUGGCCCCACCUCCCCCGCCACCACCUGGGGGCAUGAUGCCUCCUCCACCUCCCCCACCUCCUCCCCCUGGCGGUCCUCCGCCUCCUCCUGGACGCCCGCCUAUUGGAGGCAUUCCACCCCCUCCAGGAGCACCUCUGGGACCCUCCCUGAAGAAGAAGGCCAUCCCCCAGCCAGCCAACCCGCUUAAGUCUUUCAACUGGGCUAAGCUAGCAGAGGUGAGGACAGUCAAAAAGCCUUGAAUGAAUUGAUGAUUAUUUUAACAUCAAUAUGAAAAUGACGGUGUCUUCUUCCUCUGCUCAGAAUAAACUGGAAGGCACAGUGUGGAUGGACGUGGAUGAUGCCAAGGUUUUCAAAAUCCUGGACCUGGAGGACAUAGAAAAGACCUUCUCUGCCUAUCAGAGACAGCAGGUAUUGAGGAGGCACAGUUAACCCCCAUGAAGUCAUUCCCAUCAAGGGAUUGAAGGGAUCGAUGGGAUUGACGGGAUUGAUGGGAUUGAUGGGGUGGGCAGGUGGCUGAAGGGUGCAGCUUGCUUGCAGUUUCUUCAUUCAAAGGGGAAGGGAGACAUUUCUUUGAGAUAUGGGAGUUAAUGUCAUACAAAAUGUCAUGCCUGAGUCAUCUUGAACAUCUUUUUUUCAUCCAAUGGAGUGCUGUUUUAAUCCAAUUUUUGUUGUUUUGCAAGAUAUGAUUGAAAAUGCAUGAGUGAGCUGCUCAGAAUGGACUAUUAUCAUCCUAGUGCUUCUUUCAGUCACUGUUUCUUCACGAUCAGUAGUGUCUUUCUUAGUUUUUCCGUAGAGAAUGAGCAUGAUUGUUGAAAAUUUCUCCUCUCAAACACAAAGCAUGCAUAAUGAGAUGUUGAAAUUGAUUCAUUCAAUGUGUGACUCCUUACUAAAUUUAGAAUCUGAGCUAGUUUACAUGACAAAACUAAAUCUAGUCUCAAAUGUUGGAUGUGCACAGCAUGCGUAGCGCACACACUGAUCAACUGAACACCCACUCAUGUCCCACUGCUGCUCACUUCAUUACUGACGGAUCAGUUGGUGAAUGAGCUUUGAUUCAUGUUGCUGUGUUGUUGUUUUUUUUAUUUUAUGGGCUGCGAUCACGUAUCUGCUUUACUUAUUCUAAUGACUGCUUACAUCUUCCCUGCUUCUUGCCUGCGUUUUAGGACUUCUUUAUGAUCAAUAACAGCAAACAGGUGAGUGCUCUUACAGAAGACACACGCUCUGAACGUGUUUUACUGUCAUUUAAACUACUUUUAUUGUGUGUUUGACAGAAUGUAAAAGCUUUAGUUCAGUGUUAUUUUGUGAUGUGUUUCAUGUUUGCAUGUUUGUGUGAUAGUUUCUUAAAGCCUUGUUAUGUGUUUUCUUUUGUUUGGGGAUUUAGGGUGUAUGUCAUUUUUAUAUUUUUGUGUCUCCUACUAAAACUAAAUUGAGACUCAAAGUAGCCCCCCAGCUGAACCCUAACUUUUUGAUCACUCUGCUACUCUCAGAAAGAGGCAGACGACGACACACUGGGCUCUAAAAAAGUCAAAGAACUCUCCGUUAUUGAUGGACGGCGAGCCCAAAACUGCAAUAUCCUUCUUUCACGGUAAGUUCACUCCAGUGUCUAAGACACUACAGAUUUAUCUAGGAAUGAUGUUUGUUUUAUCUUUGGCUCAUGUGAUGUGUGUUGCAGGCUGAAGCUUUCAAAUGAGGAGAUCAAGAGAGCCAUCCUCACCAUGGACGAGCAGGAAGAUCUCCCCAAAGACAUGUUGGAGCAGGUAGGUCACAUGGUCUCCAUUCAUUCAGCGUGUUUACGUACAUGAGAUUACAGUCUGUUCCUGCCAGUAAGCUGAUUUCUGCAAAGUCAUGUAAUGGUGGUCAGGGGUCAGAGAAGACUGAUAGCCCUGGAGAAGGUAGAGGUAGGCAGUAUGGCCUUAAAGUAUACCGUUAAAUCCUCCAAAGAUUCAGUUGAAGUCAAACAUAGCGGGAAGAUUUGCAGCCAAAUGCAUCUGAGUUGAGCGCAGUGAAAUGUUCCACCUGGUGAUUUUAGAGCAAAUGAACACUCCUAAUGCUGUAACUCAAAAAAUCGAAUGUGCUUUUCAUACAGACUGGGAAUUUGCCCUUGUAAUUCAAUUAAAGCAACGGUUUUCAAUAUUUAUACUUUUCCAGGCCAGAUAUGUGCUUGGUGUCACUUAUUCUACAAGGACUGGAGUAUAUACUCCAAGGGAAAAUGUUAUUAUUUUUUUUUGCUGUGAAAAGACACAACAAAAAUGGAUAAAUGAAGAUUCAGUCACAUUUUAGCAGGAGGAAACGUGACUUUUUACAUGAUUAAGUAAGGGAUAAUGUAAAGUUAGUAAGUAGUUAAGCAAAAUUGAAUCCUUACAUGGUGAGACAAGACCCCAACACAAACCCCCUUUCAUUGCCACCAGCGUAUUUGCAACAUCUAGACUCAAAACUGAUUGAAGGCGGAUUUUGUUUGAUAUCAAAAGUUCUUUUUACACAUUUAGACAAACACUUCUUAGAUUUACAUAUUGCUUGACUCACUCUUAAAUGCCUACUUUUUGGUCCAAUAAACCUUAAAUAUAAGAUUUUCAUUCACUGUUAAGUCUUACAGUUGGAAUUAUUGCGACUUUCCCAGUACCUUAAAAAUGUCGCUUGAGGCAGAGAAUAGGUCCUGUAUUUUUGUGUGACAGGCCGCUGCUGCUCCAACAGCAAAAACGCUCCUACAGUGGUCAGUGAUUUACAUGCGCACAUCAGAUGUUAUAUGUGUACACUUUGGGUUGGUAUCAAAGCAAACAAAGAACAUAAAGCACGGUCAACAAAAAUGAUGGCUACCUAGGCUCACCUAGGUAACCCCAGUGUAGGUGAGACAGCUCCUUAUAUAACCUACCAGAUUUCAAACACAGUGCCCACAUGACCUGAAACCCAGUAAAACCAAUGACAAGCAGACAAAAGUAAUUGAACACAGGAUAACCGAUCAGCAAAGAAACAUUAUGAAUGCUUUGCUUAGCUGUUUUAAAUCAUGUUAAACGUCCACAGGUUCAGCUGUAAAAGGCUCCUUUCUUUGAUUCGAUGUGACAAGUGCAGUUAGGUUAUUCCUGGCAUUGAUUUUGCUGUUCAGAAAUAAAAAACAUUUUUAAAGAGUUCUGACCAAUCAGAAUCAAGUGUUUAUUGACGCCAGAUAUGCCGGUUAAUAAUAACUGAGUUAAGUCAAGUCAGACUUCACAACACAUAUCAACACCAAAUCCAGAAAAAUGAAGUUUACAAGACGCAGAGCACACAUACAACUGUACAUACACACCUACACAGAUGCACUCGCACACACACUGAAAUCUUUGACACAAACAGAAAAAAUGAUCAUUCUUGGUUGAUCAGAGUUUUUUCUUCCUCAUCAGCUGCUGAAGUUUGUUCCUGAGAAAAGUGACGUGGACCUUCUGGAGGAGCACAAACAUGAGCUGGACCGGAUGGCCAAACCUGACCGCUUCCUCUAUGAGAUGAGCAGGUACUUCACCAUUUUCACAUAAGAAUAAGAGGAACUUUAUUUAUAUCUUUAUCACUGAAGGGAAAUUCAAAUUCAAUUCAGUUCAAAUUCAAUCACUUCUGCUUUAAUAAAGAUGUAAUACCAGCUUCAGCUCACUAACAAUGACCUCUCUUUCCUCUUAAUGGAAGUAGAUAAACUGAAUGACACAUGUGCCUCUAUGUCAGGAACAAUCCCUCUCUGUGUGGAUCAUCACUUUCAAAUUACGUUAGAGAGAGUCAGCAGUGUUUUAGCAGUAUUUUUUUUUAACAGUUUUAGCUGCGAGCCCUUCAAGAUAAAAGAAAUGAAAGGACACGUGAUUGCUCGGCCACUCGCAGUUUAAAUUUAUCUGUAUGACGGUUAUAAUACACAACCAGCUAAGAUCAGUGACUGACAUCACUGCAGAAGAAUGAGCACAGACGCCUCUGAGCCACUUAAACUGAGAUUUAUUGAAAGACCCUCUUGUUUUGGUCUUCAUAAUUUACUGUACUGCACUGUUUCUUGUCAUUAGUUUCCUCAGAGUGCAGAAUAGACUGAAGGGCAGAUGUCACUGUGGCUUUCACUUGCCACAGAGUCAUAAGUUUAUAAGCCGAGAUAAAAAAAAAGCCAAAAAUAAGUUUCAGAACCUCAAGUAAAACUUUAAACGUCUCAUUGAGUAAGCACAAAGGCGACUGACUUUAUUUUUCUAAAGCGCAAUGUCCGUGUUUAUAGCUUUUGUGGACAUUUGUGGAUUUCCCUGUUUAUAAUUCUUAUUUCUGAUCUAUUUUCAUUCCUCUCUGACACUCUUUUUCCAUCUCUUCUCCAGAAUAAACCACUACCAGCAGAGGCUGCAGUCUCUGUAUUUCAAAAAGAAGUUUGCGGAGAGGAUAGCUGAAAUCAAACCCAAAGUAGAAGGUGGGAAAACUACAACAGGAAACACAAAGAGUUAAUUUGUUUACAACUCAAAUGUUGUAUUAUUUUAUUUUUUAUUCCUGGUGAUGUGCCAGCCAUUUGUUUCUAAAAAUAAACCAGUGAGGCACCUUUUAAUGACUUAAAACCGUGACUGUUUUUUAUGUUGUCAUGUCUCAGCUUUGACGAAGGCGUCGAAGGAGAUUUUACACAGCAAGAACCUGAAGCAGCUGCUGGAGGUGGUGCUAGCAUUUGGGAACUUUAUGAACAAAGGUCAGAGGGGGAACGCUUACGGCUUCAAGGUUUCCUCGCUCAACAAGAUCGCUGACACCAAAUCCAGUAUCGACAAGUAAGACAAAAUCGUUUAAAAAAAGAGUAACAGACAAUAGCAUGAACACAGAACACAUUAGUUCAAAUACCAUAAAGUUAUUUAUAUCCAAACCUACGUCUUUAAAAGGUGCUCAAAGUUUUGCUGCAUUGUCUCUUCUUGUCUGCAGAAACAUCACCCUCCUGCACUAUCUGAUCACCAUCCUGGAGAAAAAAUAUCCCAAAGUCCUGAAGUUCCAGGAGGACCUCCAGAGCAUCUCAGAGGCAGCCAAAGUCAAGUACGAGAACCUGCAGCUAGACUCCCUCUCCACUUGUUGGCUUUAAACUUUUUUUAUUUUGCAUUUAAUAUUCAGACCCUUCUCUCAUCCUGUAGCAUGACAGAGCUGGAAAAAGAUAUCAACAACCUUCGAAGCGGUUUGAAAAGCGUGGAGAGUGUGAGUAACGGGGAUCUAUGAUAUAAUACAUGUUCUGAAUCAUUCCUGCUCUUGGACUAUAUUUACUGCUCGACUUUUCAAGCUUUCGAUUCAUUUCUUCUCCCUGAAUCGAUGUCACUUGUAGGAGCUGGAUUACCAGAAAAAGAGACCGCAGGAGCUCGGUGAUAAGUUUGUGUCAGUGGUGAGUCAGUUCAUCACCGUGGCCAGCUUCAGCUUCUCCGACGUUGAGGACUCUCUUACAGAGGCCAGGGACCUGGUAAGUCCUGGACUUGUUGGACUGGAGAACACCGCUGUCACUUUCUAUACACACGCACCAUGCUUGCAGCCCAUUUCCUUUCCAUGCAGCUGUUUCUACACUCCACGUUGACCUCAUCAGUCACCUUUAGAGGAAAGCUAACAGCAGGAGUGAAGUGUUUUAGCUUCCUACCACAGCACUGCCGCCACUUUAUUGGUCGGCCUGCUCUCAGCCAUGUGCACAGGUCAAAAGAGAGAGCAGGAACAGAGGGGCGGGUAUCGUUUUACACAGUUAUGUCCAAUCCUACUUUUGGCUUUGUGAAAGUCCUAAUAGAGCCUUUAUUCUCUUAGAAAUGAAGAUGUACUGAGUUGAAAGCAAAAAUACAUACAAAGAGUGAUUUUGGAGCCUUUUAAAGGAUGUUUUUAACAAGGAGAGUCCUGAGCAUUUGGUCACAUCAACAGCCUAUCGUUGAAUUUUUACAUUUAUAAAACUAUACAAUACAAGAAGUGUAUUGAUCCCCUAAAGGCAAUUCGUUCUAGUACAGGGGGAAUUUUUUUUUUUCCUUUUUUGCAUUUUAAUGUGCCUCUGUGUGUGUGUGUGUGUGUGUGUGUGUUUAUUUGCUGUUUUGACCUCUAGUUUCUGUGAAUCAUUAACUUACCGUGUCCUGCAGUUAAAUAUUUGAAAGUGUGUACAGUAGUCCUCUGAAGAACAUUCAAACUCUGUUAACAGCUCUUCAGUUGGGGCCCAUGUGAGCCUGAUAUUUGGAAAAAAGUAUCUUUCGAGUCAUAAAUGUACCAUCUGUAACACUUAACAUGACGCCUAUCUCUACAACACAUUAUAAACAUAUGUAUAAUGCGUUAUAAUCACGUUAUAGCACUGUAUAACUAUAGUUAUAAACACUCAUAAAUGAUCAUAAUGCUUUAUAGCAAUAAUCACAACACAUUAUGAAGCAUUUAAUCAUGACUUACAAGGUCGGGUAUUCAAGUUUAUAAGCAAAUUAUAACACAUCAUAAAUAUAUGUAUAAUGUAUUAUCUUCGUUGGCAUUGUCAGUGAGUUAUUAACAGUUAUAACACAUUAUAAUACAUGACCUUGUAAGUCAUGAUUAAAUGCUUUAUAAUGUGUUAUCAUUAUUGCUAUAAAGCAUUAUGAUCAAUUAUGAGUAACUGUAGUUAUACGGUGCUAUAAUGUGAUUAUAACACAUCAUAUAUGUAUAUUUAUAAUGCGUUAUAGAGGGCGUCAAGUAAAGUGUAACCAUACUGUUGAUGGUUGUGAGGAAGUAAAAACAUUUAAAUGCACAUAGAAGUUUAAAAAAAAAAACCAUUUCAAAUCUACCUUUCCAGUUUGAAGUGCACCUUUGCUUUACACCUGAUGGAGUUUGCAUGUGAUGCACAGAGUAAGAGAGUCUAUGUUCUCAGCAUGAUCUCACAUCUGGAUGUUCUCCAUUUUAACUCGCUGUGAAAAUCCCCCUCUGACACACUGUCUUAAUUUGGGCUCUGGCUCCAAACUCUGGCCUCGGUUGUAAUCAGUAGCCGGUCAGAUCUGGGUUUAUGCUGGCUUCAAAGCUGAAAUACUGGUACCCUGCUCUUAUUUCAAAGAGCUGGGACUUAAUGAGUCUCCUGUAAAACAGUCAUAACAGAGUGAGUAAAACAUGGUGUCCUGCUGUAAAUCUAAUCCCCUUCUCCUCUCCCUCUGUGCCCCCUCUCCCUGCUCCCACAGUUCCUCCGGGCAGUAAAGCACUUUGGAGAGGAUGCCAGUAAGAUGCAGCCAGAUGAGUUCUUUGGCAUCUUUGACCAGUUCCUGCAGUCGUUUGCUGAGGCACAGCAGGAGAACGAGAACAUGAGGAAGCGUAAAGAGGAGGAGGAACGCAGGGCUAAAAUGGAAGCUCAGGUAUGUGACCGGUCCUUUAUUUUCAUGUAUAGAAAAGCACAGACAUUAUCAAACAACUCGGCAUUAAAGCACUCGAAAAUCUUCCCGGUAGAAAUAUUCUUGAUUUUUUAAUCAGAGUUGAGGCAAGAUAGAGUUAACAGUUUCAACAUCAAUCUGAACUUUAACUUCAUUACGUUUGCUCAAGUUCUCCUCCCAGUGUUUUCAUUGGACAGAUAUGAAUAGUUCCUAUGGCUCCAUAGUUUUUAUCGUAUUACUUAGAAAGAAUAGUUUAGAGGGAGGAACAUGAAUAAAUGGAAAUAUAGGAGACGAUUUUCAGUAUAUGUAUUUUCUACCCUUUCAAAACAAAAGGUUGGUCACUGCAUCUGCCUUUGAACAAAUUCUGUAAUAAGAAGUAUUAAGAGCCCUUCUUUUUUUUCUGUUUAUUUGUUUGUUUUUUCCUCUCGUCUUUGCCUGUCUAUUGUCUAUGACUAUUCUUCCACAUGGAUUUUGGGUUUGAUAUGUCUUGGUAUAUUGUUGGGACUGUUUGUUAUAGUUAUUUUUAAUACAGAGAAUAUAUGUUUUAUUUGUUAACUGAAAAUUACAAGUAAAAUAUUUUUUAAAAAAGAAAGAAAGAAAGAAAGAAAGAAAGAAAGAAAAAACAAGGUAGGAAACAGCCAGUUAGCUUAGCAAAAGUCUUAGCUCUCUCUGACAGUAACAAAAGCUGCUUCUACAGAGGUAAUGAGUGUUAAAAUACAGAGCAGACACAGAUUUUCAACUUGUUUUUGUAAAUAUUUGUGUCUGUUUUUAAAACGAUUGUUAAAAUCCAGUGUAUUUAAAUUAUAAAUAAUAUAAAGAUGGUCAACAUUAGCUACUGAUUAGCUACACGUUAUUUGCAGAUGGGCUUACGUCUGUUGAAGGCAAAUAACUGCUGACAUUGAUGUUUAAUACAUACAUUUGUGCAUCACUAACAUUUAUAAUGAUCAAUAAAGCUCAUUUAAUGAUCAAACUGUAUCUGGCAUAUUUAGCACUUAUAGAUUCCUAAAUGUAAAGUUUGUGAGCUCUGCCUACAAAUAUCAAAUCAAUCAAUCAAAUUUUAUUUAUAUAGCGCCAAAUCACAAAAGUCGUUAUCCAAAGAUGCAGAUCUAGACCACACUAAUUAUUUGAUGAUUUACCAAGACCCAACCUUAAAAUGGGACAGAUUUGACCCAUCUUAGCCAACACGAGUGACAGUGGCAAGGAAAAACUUCCUUUUAACAGGCAGAAACCUUGGGGAGGACCAGAUCCAUGUUAGACAACCAACUCGCUGCUGCUGAGUUUGGGAGAAAUAUCUUCUGUUGUAUUUUGGCAAUGCUACUUGCUUACUUCUCUUUUUUAAACAUUUUUAUAUCAAGCUUAGCUAACCAAACUUUUAAUACUUAUUACUGAUGAUACUGAUUAUCAAUUAUUGUAAGUGUAUCUUGCUAAGCAAAGAAAGAGGGGAGUUACCUGAGGUAUUUCUUUUAUCCUGAGGCCAAUAACCAAAGCCAAUAUUUCUCUCUGUGUGCCUCCAGUUGAAAGAGCAGAGGGAGAAAGAGCGAAAGGCCCGCAAAGCAAAAGCAAACGGGGAAGAUGACGGCGGCGAGUUUGACGACCUGGUGUCGGCCCUGCGGUCAGGCGAGGUCUUUGACAAGGACCUGUCCAAGAUGAAACGGAACCGCAAGCGCUUCAACAACCAGACCACAGACUCAAACAGAGAGCGACCUAUCACAAAGCUCAACUUCUAAACUGCAUUGAGGUCAUCAACCUUAUUUCAACUCCCCCUAAACAAUCAGUCUGACCCUCUGGGUUAGAUUGACAUGCACAUUCCUCGGCACCUCCCUCCAUUCCCACCCAGUUAGGCUUCAGAGGUGCAGCACCACACACACAGCGCAACAUGUUCAGACUCUUCAUCCUUUGUGAUUUUUGAUGUUUAUCCAAGCAGAAGCCAAAAGUUGUUAUCAACAACCAAACAGGAGGAUUAGUUUGGUUAGAUGAAAUGUAUCGUCGAGAAGCAGGAUGAUGUUUCCCCUCGCUGAAAAAGUUUUCCUAUGUGUGUGUAAGAGAUGUUUGAUAGGACCUGCUCUGUGCUGUUUUUUUGUACAUCGAAAUCUAUGCACAGAGUGAAAAUGUGCAGCUCACAGACUCCUCCAGGGCUUGAAGCUCGAUCCAAACAGGAAGAUGAUUCCAAAACACAAGGGGCCAUUUUGUACGGACUGAUUUCAUAGAUUGAGACAGGCUGCUGGAUUGUUCGAUACGAUUUUUGAAGACAGACUGAAUCUCCACUUCCUGAUGACGCUGCCUCUCUGUUGCGGUCAGACCCAUCCCAGAAGUGAACCGGGGCGUUUUAGACAGAAGUGUUUUCUACUGGAAGUGAUGCAGCUACGAGGCAGAGUUUCUUUUCUAUUCUUCAUAUUGACGUGCAGCCGUUAUAUAUCUGAUCUCUGUAUGUUUAUCUGAUUUUUUUUGUUGUUGUUUUCCGGUUAAGAGCUGGCCUUAACUCUGUGGGUUCUAAUUGUUGAGUAGGUACUCUUAAAGGCCUGGGCCUAAUCUGCAAUUUCUGAGGAAGUAUGCACACGCGUGUCAUAGAUGAUAUAUAUCUAUAUAUAAGGAUGCGUGCUUGUUUCACAUGCACAUAGAAAUCCAUAUGACUAUGCUAAAUGCCAUUAAAACCAUACCCUAUCAAUGCAAUACACCCGUUUUCCCACUCUAAAGGAAGUGCUAAGUUUGUGUUAAGAUAGAUGUACUCCAUUUUCCCUGCGAUGGCUGGAUUUACACUGCAAGCAAAACAACACAUGAAUUUUAACAUGUCCAGAUGUGAUGCUUUCAUUCUUGUAGAAAACAUCACAUGUGGACAUGUUUCAGCAAUGUGAAUCCAUCCAGUGUCAAACACUUCCAUUCGACUUUUAUAAUUUAACUAUUGCCUUUCAUUGUACAAUGACCUGAUGAGAAUAAAUGGGAGAAAAUAA